AGCAUACUGCACAUGUACACAGACAGCGCAAUCCCAUGUACACUUACAGCCCACACUCAGACCAGUAUCUUGCAGCAUGAGGCAGCCCUCCUCUCCACAGGAGCCGGAGACACCACAACAGGGCGAGUGGAGUGGGGACAGGGUGUGUGAGAGAUCAGGGUGGGAGGACAGGGUGUGUGAGAGAUCAGGGUGGGAGGGAAGAACUGCUGAUCUAUCCUGUGUUCCCCUUAUCAAGCCAACUUGCUCAGAGACCUUCUGCUCAUCUCCUUCCAUCCUGGAUGUGACAGCCAUGGGAUAAUCUCUAUAGUAAACUCAGGUGAAGCCUGAUCUCCCACUGUGGGCAGAGGAGGUCAUUGGAUGAGACCACCCUAGCAGUCUAAUAACCUGUGUCCUGGCUCUCUGACCAUGGCUGUACGAGCCAUCAUUUUAAAUGAAGACCAUGGAUCCUUGAGAUAUACUCCUUGUGGAUUAAUUCCCUGUGGAUCUUAAAGCAAAACAUUUUAUUGUAUUUUUCUAAAAAAAAAUAUUUGUGGACCAUUGACCCUUUACUUGUUCUAUACCUGCCUGGGUCCCACAAGCCUUGCUGCCUCACUCACUUACCCAUUUACAGGAGAGUUGGCUUCAUGUAAUUUAACCAUUGCAUUGCCUCUAAGGAAGAGGAUGCUUCCCAGCUACAGGUAAGAUCUAACUUUAUAGUUUUCUGUAAAAUGUUGUGUGAUGCAUUCAAAAUGUUCUGCACUCCAACUACCAUGGUGCUCAGCCAUUAAUCUGGGCAGUCCUAUUCCCAAUGCUGCGGGAGUUACAGGACUUGCCUGUUCAAGGUGUUGCCAGAAUUUAUAGAUGAAAUGACAUUUUAUGUUUCAGUCUUCCACACAUACAGAUAAGUUUGCCACUGAUUUUAACUUAGAGAAUGCAUGUUAAAACUACAUUUUGAUUACAGUGCUCUUUACAUUUUUAAGUAUUCUCAGAUUACAGUUUUUUACCCAACAGGAGAAUUAUGUAUUACACAGAUUUCCAGACUGUUUACCCCCAGAGGGAUGCACCUGGAAAAAACUCAAUUUAAAUAAUAUAAAAGCUCUAUCUCAUGUUUAGGGUAUUUGGCUAAAAACAAACCCUUCAAAAAAUAUUUAAUUUGUUGCUGAUGCAUAAAUAUGUUUGGAUGAAUGCUAGCUAUUAAUCACAUAUUCUUAGCAUGUUGCAAUGCGUUCUCUUUCAAAAACACUGAGGUUGAGAUUGAAGUUAAUUGCUGGUGUCCUCUUAUUCACCCACCUGUGCCUCUUGACAAAUAUGUGUGAAGUAUAGAUUUUAGACGAUGAUAGACAACAGUUAGAUAUCUUGCUUUUUUGAACUACAUCACCCAUGAUCCUUGUCCAGUAUUUGUUUGACACAGGUAAAUUUCUAAGCAUUAGAUUGUGAAUUUUGGAAAUCUACCUGUUGCAUAAGCAUUGCACAUUUAUACAGCCAGACAGGCUUUACUGUGAAUUUAGAAGAGGGAAAAUAGUCUGUAGGCAUCUCUGCUACGUAGUGGUAUGUAAUAAAGCUGACUAAGCAGUUUGGACAUUUGGACAUUUAGUUCAAUAACAUCUUAGAUGGCAAGGGUGGACUUGCAGGUUUUUUGUUUUUUUUUUAAACUUCAUUUUUGAGACAGCAGUAUGUUGCACAUCCUAACUUGUAGAAGUUCACUAAGCCAACAAACUGAAAUUAAUUUUCUAUUGAUAUAUCCCUGUGCUUGUAAUUCUGUCAAAACUUUGAAGGUAACAUAAUUAUGAGCAACUUUAAGGCAAAGCUCUAAAAUUAGAGCAGUCACCAUGGAAACCAAACAAAUCUACCACUUGUUUGACUCCUAGAACUUUGCUCCAGAGUUGCAUUUGAGCACCCCAAAUAUGUUUUCUAAGGUAUACUACACACUAUAUUAACACUAUAAGCAUUUUUUUCUGGACAGUUUUACCUAGCAAGUGUAACUAAUAUUUCAGAUAUAAUUCUACGGGUUUUUUUCUGUCUAGUAGAAAUAUCUCUCUGUAAUUGACCAUGUCAGUUACUAGUUCAUCUUGGGGGCACGCAAGUAGCGUUUGCGUAACAUAACUCUUAUACCAAGACGAAACAAGGAAAAUUAAGAAUGUGAGAGGUAUGUGACAGCUGCUUCUUUUUAUACACUGGAUACAAUGCACAUUAUCCCCAAGAUUAACAGCGAUUACCUGCGUAUAGGGUGUCAUUGCAAGCUAUGCAAUGGGGCAUUUUGCCAGAAUUGAUGAAUAGCAAAUCAAUGGGACUAUUGGUGAUCAUAUUGUAUGCCCAGCUGGAAGUGUACGUCAGAGAACAAGACCACACUGAAAAUCAAAGCUGGGAACAUUGAGCAAAACUCCAGGCAGCCCGAGAAAAGAAUGUACUUUUCAAUUGGUUCUCAACUGCGUAUGAUGGCUGCUAAGAACCCAACAAAGGGCAAUAAAAAACACAAUGGCAUAGACAUCUGGGUUAAACAAAAAGCUCUUUUAUUGAGGUACAAACUGUACAAUGUUACUGGCAUAAUGUCUAUGAUAAAAAAACAAAGUACUUCUUGAAGACCAUCCAGUUAGGAGGACUCAUUGCUAUUUUAGUAAUUGAAUUUCUGGAUCUGGACCACAGUAAGGUACCGGUUAUAUUUGGGAACUUCAAGCAAUUGGUCCUGAAAGAGUUUGAACUGAGUUAUGAGCGGGCUUCACAAACAAAACAUCUGAAUGAAUCAACACAGGACUUCAACAGAAACUGAGAUCCUUAUUUCUUGAAAUGUUUGGUCCAGUUUUGUAUGUCCAUAAAAACAGUUAAUAGUCAAGUUCUCAAAUGGUUUGUGAUCACUUGCAUUCUGUGUUCAAAGAUCUACAGAAGAGCAGUUCAAACGUGACACUAUUAUUUCUUUCCUCAACUAACCUCAGGUAUGUUGAAGGCUGUAAACACCUUAAUCGAUAAACUGGAAGCCAAAACUGGUUCCCAGUGUUUCUUGGGAGGUAUGAUACAUCAACAACACAAUUUAUAGUCAGUCCCUGCAAAAGAUUGUGGAGACAUAAAAAAAAUAAAAAAUUAAAGAAUUAACAUUUUAAACUACACAUACUUGAAAACGAGAGACAUCUCAAUGUAUCCUUCCUGGUAACAUAUUUUAUAACUAAAUAUAUUAAUAAAUAAUAACCUGGGGUACAAUAUAGAGAUAUAGGGUGACUAGGUGCACUUUAUAGGAAAAUGUUAUUUCCUAUAAAGUGCACCUAUUCACCCUUUCAUGGCAUAUCCAGCUAACAAACACAAUGUAGGUAGCUGGAUAGUAGUGCUACCCUGUUAUUCAUUGAUAGGGGUUGUCUAACCAAAGAAGAUCCUAAUGACUUUUCUAGGGUGCUUAGGAUUGAAAAACAUAUAAAAGGUAUUCAUUUUCCCUGGAUCCAAAUAAAUCAAUAAAGGGCGGUCAGUCUCUGUUGGUGAAUUUUGUUUUUGCAAUCAUCGCACAACCAAGUCUACAUUAUUCAGCAUCGGAAACCGGAAUGCCAUUGAAAUGUAUUAAUAGUUGAGCAUAUUGAUGUUCCUCCUGCCUUAAGGAACUGUGUUAAAAUAUAUACAAUCUAUUCCUUUAAGAGUUUACCUGUCCUUUAAAGGGUGCUCUACCAUCACAACGAGGGCAGAUCAUUGUAGUCAUUAUGGUGUAAUGAGUCUUUGUGCUGUCUCUUUGAUUAACACUGUCGGUGGCUUAGUACAGAGCUCACAGCCAGUCAAGGUUGGAUGGCUUUGGACAAAUUAUGCAGAAGUGAGUCAUCUGCAUUAACUGAGUGGCUGUAAAGAGAGUGCUGUGAAGAACUCCAGAUAUGGUCAAAAUAAACUACUCCAAAAUAUAUUGCUAAAUAACCAGUAGAAUGAGCUAUAGUUGUCAUGGUGCCUAGAAUGCUCUUUUGAACUGCCAUGAGCAUGGUAGUUUCUCAUGGACAUUGAAGAAACUUUCCCUAAUCCUGUACAGGAAAAGUUCCAAAAUUAAAGCAUACCUGCGAUGAUACACACAACUGUAAAUUGAAAGUAAUAACAUGAUCUUUAUUUUAUAGUAAUUAAAUUGCUAGUAAGUGUACUGGCUUGAUGAAAAAUCUCUUUAAAAUGAUGUCUCUCCACACCUGCUAAUCGUGUAGGUGUUACUGUCAUGAUCCCAUGUUCACCCCCUAGUUUUUGUAACUCUUCAGUCUGAUGCAGUACCUCACAGUGCCACUAACGUGAUGUGGUGCUGUUGCAGGCUGCCAUACUCAAGCUGAAGAGAUUUGACUCUGCCCCAGGUAGCCUUGUAGUGUAGCCUGUUCCUUUCUUAGUGGUCAGGCUAUUGUUUGGUUCAGGCUUAGUUUUGUAUCCCCUAUCUGUGAAUCCAAAGCUUUGCUACCCGUGUAAUGGAAACCAGAGUCCAAGAGGCUGGCUUGCUGUGUCAUGGAGGCCAGAGUCCAAGAGGCCGGCAUGCUGUGUCAUGGAGACCAGAGUCCAAGAGGCCGGCUUGCUGUGUAAUGGAGGCCAGAGUCCAAAAGGCCUGCUCGCUGUGUCAUGGAGGCCAGAGUCCAAGAUGUAUGCUCGUUGUGUCCUGUAGGCCAGAGUCCAAGAUGUCUGCUUGCUCUGUGCUGGAGGUCAGAGUUCAAAAGGCCUGCUCACUGUGUCCUGUAGGCCAGAGUCCAAGAGGCCUGCUCGCUGUGUCCUGUAGGCCAGAGUCCAAGAUGCCUGCUUGCUGUGUGCUGGAGGUCAGAGUUCAAGAGGCUUUCUAGGUGCACCUUGAAGGACAAAGUCCAAGAAACCUACAUGCUGUUUCCUGAAGGGAACACUAUAGCAUCAGGAACUGUAUUCCUAAAGCUAUAAUAUCCCUGUCUCUAUAACCAUAGUCCUGCACUCUGGUGUAUAAACCCUUUUUUCACUUACCUCUUUCCAGCACCAAUGUCCCACAACUCUGGCUCGGUCUCCUCCUCCAGUGACGUCAUGCUGAUGGGGGAACCAAAUGCACAUCUGCAUCAAGUGCUGCGCAAACAUUAGAGAUUUCCCAUCAAUGCUUUUCUAUAUGGAAUUUCAAGGCGUGCAAUGCAUGAGAACGUCCAACGUUGUUUCACUGAGUUAAAUCCAGGAAGUGCCAGGAGAGGCAAUCUUAGUAGUCCAAUGUAAACAUUGCAGAUGCUCUAAAACUACAAUGUUUUAGAUUGCAGGUUUAAGGGGACAGGAACACUGCACCCAGACCACUUCAAUUAAAUUAAGUUUUCUGAGUGUCCAUAGUGUCCCAUGAAGGCCAUACUCCAAGAGAUGAGUGUUCCUUCAUUUUUUGAGUUAUGACUUGUCUUUUUCUCAUCAACUAUCAAGGCACCUCCAAGUGACAGGUCUGCUUUAAAGUGUUCCUAUCAUUAAAAGAAAUAACACAGUGUCUCAUUAAAGAGAAUGAACUGUGAUCUACACAUUGUAUUAAUAAAACUAAUAGACAAUGGAUAAAUUACAUGCUAUUCGUGUAUUCCUAUCUUAGCAUUUACUUCUAUGCUGUUAGACUACAAGUGAAUACUACAGACAGCAGACGUGACUGCAGUAAUGGGUGGAGGGGCAGAUUAAGUCUUCAAGUUGUAUAAAUUGAUACAAUAUCUGCGACUACUUGAAACUCUGCUUGUUAUCCAUAACCAUUGUGAAUUGCAAAUCUACAUGAGCUCAAGAUGACAGAACUGCAGAAUAAAAGACUUGUAGCUUUUACUGACUGUGUCAAACCUCCAUUGUAAAGAAGCAGUCAUCACUCAUAUGACUAAUAAUGACUGAUGUCAGUAUGUGAAAGGUUACAUCUGGCCAAAAGUGGCUUUAAUACACAAUCUUAAUCCUCCUGGAAUUACCUUUUAAAGCUCACUUGUAACCUUAGUGAACUGAGACUUUUGAAAUGCUUGUUUUCUCUACUGUCUCAAGGUUUGCAUAGUUAGAACCGAAGUCUUAUUUGAUUAAUUUGAUGAUAACUCCUGGAAUGUAAUUUCCUUCAUACAGCUUUACCUUCAAAAACAACACAUUUUAAAGUCAGUAUUUUUUUGUUUUUCUUCUGUCAAAAUCUGCCAUAUGCUUCCUUGUACCUUCGGCCAAAAAAGCAGUAAAAUCAUUUAUACAGCUGUCCUGAGUUCACCCUUUUUUAAAAUUUUUAAAAACGUAUUUAAUCUUUUUUAUUACUAUGUGUUAAUAUAGAGAUGAAGAGGGAUACCGCCAAAAAUGCAAAUAUUUAGGAAGGUGACAAGUUCUACUUUCAUUUUGCUACGGCAAUAGAAAACAUUUUUAUUAUGGUAGUUGGAUUUAGAGUAGUUCUGUGCUCCUUGGGUUUUGUACAUUUUAAUUUCCUUAUUCUUAUUACCUAUUGUAGAACCAAGUUUCUAGCACAGGAAAUAAAUAUGUUUAUACAUCUUGUGUAGAAGCCGCAAGAAGAAACUUUCUGCCAGAGUUUUCUCAUUUUGUAAUCUCCGCAUCUCCUGGCCGCCUAGGACUGCCUUAUUAGAUGUUAUUUAAUAUGUGAUCUGUAUUGGUUAAUUAUACCCUUUACUCAUUAUAACUGAACUAUAUAAAUAAAUAGCACAUCUUGAAAAACAUUUGGCACCAGCAAUGAUAAGCAAUGCAACUGACCAUCACAUAGCUCUUCCAGCAUAAUCAUUGCUAGACCAGGGCUCCCAUUGAUCAUUCGAGAUGAGAAGUACAAACUACCUACAGUGGGGGCAAUAAGGUGCCACUUACUACAUACACUAAGGGUAGACUGAAGUCCUUAAAAAGCAAAUACCCACAUUUAAUGCCUGUUUCCAAGCCUUACUUCCUCAACAUGUUGGAGCAUGAGAGGGUAUAGUUUCUUUCAUGAAGCUGUCAAGAAUUCUACGUAACCUCAAUAUGGAGCAAACAAUAGUGAUUUCUGACCACACAGCUCAUUUUCCUGCUUUACUCCAUCACUGCCUUGUAAAUUGAUCUGUGUAUUUAUUACAACUCAAAGUUCAUGGGACAUUUGCUUUUUUGUAAACGGGUCAUGUUGACAUUGUCCACACAGCUUUCGCCAUCCUAAUUCCACCCUUGUAAAACCUGUUAGAACAAGGUUGAUAUAGGCAAAAGCAAUCACAAUCCAUUUGCACAGUUUUUAAGUCUUUAUUUGAAAUGUUAGUCAAAAAAUAGCUCUAUUUAUCAUCUAAUCUGUUUAUCACCUGCUUGGAAUGUAGACACUUAAGAAUUUUUGGACAUUUUGUCCUGUCUCUAGAAUUUCAAUAAAUUAACAACAAAAAAUGCUUGCCUUGUGAAGGAGAACUUGAUUGAUAUGUCUACAAAAAGUAUCUUGUCAACUAUAACAGCUUUACAAUUUAAAACAUUCACAUAGAAUAUUUAAAAUAGUAAUUUAAUGUUUGCACAGUUACCUCUACAAACAAAUGGAAUUUUUUGUAUUAUAAUUCAUUGUUACGAUUUAUGAUGUAAACAAAUCCUUCUGACCUUUUGCAGAUGAGAUGUACCUAUGGGUAAGAUUAAAAAUAUAAAAUGUAUUUUGGAGAAUGCCUGGCUGAUGCUAAUCAGUAUUAUGUGUGUCUGUUAUGUUGUGUCCGUUAUCUAAGGUGUGUGUAGAGAUAUCCAUAAAAAAUGUUCAAGAGAGGAGCAAAUCCAUAAUAAAUCUAGGCAAUGCCAGUGACGCAGCUUUCUGGGUGUGACCACUGAAAAGGUGUGUAAAAUUGGCAUAAUUGCAAUGCUGACUGAUGGACUUGUGGCUAGCCCUAAUCACGGCAGAUUGUAAAGAGAGUACUGCUGAAGUGCUCUCUAAAUGGUCCUAGUACCAUUUAAAAGUCCGCCUGCACUGUGAUGGCUGUGGAUAGUUGCCUGGUGUCACUGGAUGCGAGAAACUAGUGAACAAUAUCAGGAUGAUGGGACAGGAUACUGAAAUAAGGGCUGUCCCACCGAGAGCGAAACAUUUGGGAGACCUACUCUUGCCCUACACUGUAGACAUCUGUGUUUAUCUCCAUGCAGCGUAGAAGGUUGACACCUGAAGUGCAGAAUAAUUGUUUGGACAACCAGCUGAUAUAUUAUGGCCUACUAAAAUGGGAACUGUUAGUAAUUAAAAGUGAAUUCAAACUUAAUUUCACAUUUUAGGCUAAAAUAGUUGAACUAAAAACAUAGCUGACUUGGACAUUUCUUUUCUUUUUCCAAAUUGGAUAUUUUGGACUAAAAUUUGUAAUUCAUUUUAAAUUCCUGACAAUUCACAUUUUAGUGAAUCUAUGGAAUCCUGUAUAGACCUCAGUGUCGUACUCUUGUCCGAGAGUGUACAACACUGACAUAGAAACUGAAAUGCCAGGAGACAAUGUAUAUAACAUGAAGAUGGCAGCAGCUGUAAGGACAGUAUGAGGUAAGUAAAACUCCCCUUCCGUGUUGCCCACGGCCACCAGACCCCAACCAGAUCUGUCAGUUUAGAAGGUCUUUGUGAAAUAUACAAGUACCCCUGAAAUUGACAGAUCCUCUUUUAAUCUGACUGACAGAGUAUCACAAUGCGGUACGAUAUAGAUGUACCCAGUUGCUUGUUGCUAUUACAAAUUGAACAGAUUUUUUAAAAUGUAUUAUAAGUUUUUAUUAUGUAAUAAAGUCUUAUCAUGAAAUGGCUUUGGAUUCGUUACAUUAGCAUACACACUGAUUAGCCACAACAUUAAAAGCACAUUCAUAAUAUUGUGUACAUCCCCCUUGUGCUGUCAAACCAGCUCUGAUGCAUGGACUCCACUAGACCUUUGAACGUGUCCAGUGGUAUCUGGUACCAAGACAUUAGAAGCAGAUUAUUUAAGUCCUGCAAGUUGUGAGGUGGGACCUCCAUGGAUUUAAUAUGUUGUUCCAGCACAUCCCACAAAUGCUCAAUCAGAUUGAGAUCUGAGGAAUUUGGAGGCCAAGGCAACGUCUUGAACUCUUUGUCAUGUUCCUCAUUCAAUUUCUGAAUAUUUUUAGCACUGUGGCUAGGUGCUUUAUCCUGCUGAACGAGGCCACUACCAUCAGUGAACACCAUUGCCAUGAAGAGGUGGUCUGCAACAAUGUCUAUAUAAGUGGUACAAGGUGGUCUGCAACAAUGUCUAGGUAGGUGGUAUGUGUCAGUAGAAUCCACAUGAAUGCCAGUACCCAAAGUUUCCCAGCAAGACAUUGCCGAGAGCAUAACAUUUCCUCAGCCAGCCUGCCUUCUUCCUAUAGUGGAUCCUGCUUCCAUCUCUUCCCCAGGUAAAUGAUGCACCGCACCCGGCCCUCCACCUGAACUAAAAGGAAAUGUGAUUCAUCAGACCAGGCAACCUUCUUCUAUUUCUCCAUGGUCCAGUUUUGAUGCUCAUGUCCCUGAUAAGUUGUAAUCAGGAAGGAAGCAAUCCAAAUAAAUCUGCUUACUUUUGUACCUUGUGCGCCUGGAUCAUAUUGCUUUUCACAACCCCAUUAUAGGCACUUUUUGUGGUGGACAGGGGUCAUCAUGGUAACUCUGUGUUCCUUUACCCAUAUACACUGCGACUAGAAAGCCCCAUACGCAGCAAACUGUGAUGCACUGUGUGUUAUGACACCUUUAUAUUAAGAUUUUCGUUAAUUUGAGCUAGUUAUGUGUCAUCAGACCAAACUGCAGAAUAUAUGUUUGGCCUUCGCUCCCUACUUGCAUCAAUGUGUCCUUAGACACUUAUAACCCUGAUGCCAGUUUACUGGUUGUCCUUCCUUGCACCACUUUUGGUAGUUAUUACCACUGCAUAUCAGGUACAUCCUAGAAGACUUGCCAUCUUGGAGAUGCUCUGACCCAAUCAUCUAGCCGUGAUUAUUUGGCUUUUGUCAAAGUCAGUCAGAUCUUGUCACUUGCCCAUUUUUCCUGCUUCCAUCACAUAAAAUUCAAGAACUGACUGUUCACUUGCUGCCUCAUAUAUCACACCCCCUGACAGGUGCCAUUUUAGCAAUAUAAUAAGUGUUAUUCAUUUCACUGGUCAGUGGUUUUAAUGUUGUGUCCAAGGCUACCAUCAGGGGGUGACAACCAUGAUGGUUGUCACAGGCCCCCUGGCCCUGGGGGGCCCGGCUGCCCGGGCCUCACGCGUAGCUGUGGAACUGCCGCAUGCCACCCGAUGGGCUCUAUAUAUUCAGGGGCCCGGUCAGCAAUAGCGCAACCAAGCCCCUGUAAAAAAAUUGCAGCCGCAAGUACUGCUGGGAGGAAGUGAAGGCUGGUCACUUCCUCCCAGCUCACUCCGCACGGGAGGAGAGAAAGACAGGCCGCGAGGACAGGAGAGUCAGCCGGGUCCCAUCAGCCCCGGCCACCCUCCUGCAAAGAACAGGUAAGAAAAAUUAGCUAUGUGUGUGUGUAUGUCAGUAUGUAUGUGUAUGUAUCAUGUAUGUCCGUAUGUAUGUAGGUAUGUCAGUAUGUAUGUAUGUUAGUAUGUAUGUAUGUCAGGAUGUAUGUAUGUAUGUAUCUGUAUGUAUGUAUAUGUAUGUAUGUGUGUAUGUAUGUAUGUGUAUGUAUUUCUGUAUGUCAGUAUUACCUGCUGUUAUUUGGGGUUUUACGCCGCACCUCCUAUAGACUGUAAGCUUGUGAGCAAGGCCCCCUUCAACCUAUUGUUCCUGUAAGUUUUUGUAAUUGUCUCAUUUAUUGUUAAAAUUCCCCCUUUGAUACUAUUUUAAAGCGUUACGGAAUAUGCUGGCGCUAUGUAAAUACCAAUAAUAAUAAUAAUAAUAAUGUUUAUGUCUGUAUGUAUGUAUGUUACUAUGUAUGUACAUGUAUUUCAGUCAGUAUGUUUGUAUGUAUGUGUCUGUAUGUGUGUGUAUGUCAGUAUGCAUGUAUGUAUGUGUGUGUAUGUCCUUAUGAAUGUGUCUGUAUGUUUGUUACUAUGUGUCUGUGUGUCUAUUUCAGUAAGUGUGUGUCAGUAUGUAUGCCCGUAUGUGUGUAUAUCUGUUUCAGUAUGUGUGUCUGUUAGUAUGUAUGUGUGUGUGUCAGUAUGUGUGUAUCUUUGUGUGUGUGUAUGUGUCCUUUUUGUAUCAGUGUGUGUUUUUGACUAUGUGUGUGUAUUCCUGUAGACGGGAUUUGGGGGCGGACUAGGAGGCGGCCCCCUGGGGGCCCAGACCUUGAGCAGUGUUAGGGGCCCCAGAAUUUGUGAUGGCGGCCCUGGUUGUGUCUGAUCAGUGUGUGUAUAUAUGUAUACACAUAUAUAUAGAGCAAUUACACACACUGAAGUGUAACGUGUGUUUCUCAUAGGAGAAAUUAAAUACCUGUCCUGUACAUAGCUGCUGUGAAUAAUUGCAUUUCCUCUUUUAUGCCAAUGUAGCUAAACUGAAAAGCUGUUUUGAAGUAAUAUUCGAGAUUCACCCAUACAGUUUUGCCUUUAGUGAAUAAUUAUCAUGUCUGUCACAGUAGUCAUAACUUCCUAUCAUUGUCUUUUACAAUCCAGCUCUGCUCCACAGCUCCACCAUGCAUCCCCCUUAUCUGCUGUCUUUAUCACCCCUAUCUCUUGCAAGAUUAUAAACUCAGAUCAACAGGGCUCUCAAUCCUUCUGUACCACUCUGUAAAUAUGUGAAUGUUAAGUUAAACUUUAUGUAAUGUUUGGUAAAUGUCAGCUUUGCGGUAACUUGGUUAUAUUAUACAGGGCUGAGGAAUCUGAUUGCACUUUGUAACAAAUAAAUAAUUGAGUACGUAAGGAGAAAUUUCUGCUGAUAAUUGCUUUUGUCCCCAGGCCUACCGGACAAUCUGGCUUCCCUUCCCAUGCAAGCACGCAGACUAUACACACCUACUACUGUUAUUCUGUUUCUUGAUAGUUAUCUCAGAGAUUGGAAUAUUACCUUUACUGUUAAAUGACUACGUGCAUUACUGGAGCUGCGGCCUGGUGAUGUCAUCAAGCAGCACUUCAAAUUGUUUCAAUUCUUUCCAACCCCAUUAAAGUGCUUCAGGUAUUGCUUCAGCAAGCUCCACAGUACACUAUGUCCUUGGUAAUCCCAUUACAUUUUCUGGUCAAUAAACUAUUUUACCGUGCAUCUGAGCUUGCUAUCUUUAGGAUAUAAUGUUUCCUAAAGAUAAUGAAUUUCCUUCAUGCUCUUUUAUCUUAAUGCUAUCCUCCUGUUAGGAUGGGCUGAUAAACACAGUGAUAAAUUUAUUACUGGGCCUUAGAAUGGUCAGAUUUAACAUAUAAAGAAUAGUCAGAAGUCAGGAACACAGACAGGAGCAUAAACGAGGAGACAAAGCCAAAGGGUCAGGGAUACCAGAAAUACGGAUAGUCAGAACAAGCCAGGAUAAAAAAACAGAAUAACAAUAUACCAAACGCUCUCUCGGAUAACCAAAGUAGUGGAAACCACAACAGGGCACUGAACACUAGCAGGUCUGGAUUUAAAUAGCCCCAAAACCCUGCUCAUUGGUCAAAAUGGGACCUAUGACCCCAAAACGUGUGUGCGUUGCAUGCACGUUUAUAUCACAUAUGACGUUUUUGUGGGGCAGCGCUAGUUAAUAGCGCGGGACUGUACAGGCCGGUGUCCUCCAAUAACGCUUGACCCAGCCGCUACACCAGACGCCGCUCAGAGAGAGAGGGCCUGCCGAUUAGGUGAGUAACCUCUCCCUCAUGCACCGAUCGGUUGUAGCCACAUGGUAGCCAUUCAUUAAUUGCCUGGAAUUAAGAAAAAGAGUUUUGAUUCAUGUAUAUUAUUAUUUUUAUUAUUAUUUCCUUUACUUAUACUGCUGGAAAGCCCAAAGGCUAGUUUGCACCGUUUCCAAUAGGGUAACUUUACCUUGAUCCUACUGAAAAGCAAAAUUAGCAUACUAAGAAAGAUUUUUUAAAAAAUGAUUUAAAAAAAAGUGAUAGAAAAAUCAAAACAAUUUUAAGAUGUUUAAUUUUGUCAGCUUGUUCUUAUGAAAUGUAUUGAGUAGUGGUGCUGUAACUGGUUAAUGACUGCUUGAACAUUAUCAGAAAAGUAACUCACAACAGCUGGAGUUCUGAAGGUUAGCAGUCACUGCUAUUAAGUGUUUAGGAGGGUUGUCAGUUCUGUCCCACUGGUAUUCAUGUUAUGUUUCCUUUGCUAGGUUGAUAUGUCGAUAUGUGGCUGCUGUGUACAUCCUCUUCCUCCUGUGGAUUGGUCCAUCUUCCUGCCAGGUACAAUUUUCAGGAAAACAUUCGAAUUAGCAAUGCCAAAAGAACACUCACACUUUCUAGAGCUAAUAUAGCUCAAUUUCUAUAUAAUCUCCAUCUGUGGUUAUAGUGGUAAAAUCCAGGAGUCUUGGCCAAGACUUAUAAAUUAUACCAGGGCUUGACAAAUUUGUUUGGAAUCUAUGAGCCAGCUAAAAAAGUUAGGAGCCAGUUAUUUUCAACAAGAAAGUGCAAUUCUUAAAGGGCCACUUUAGUCACCAGAACUACUACAGCUUGAUGUAGUUGUUCUGGUGUCUAUAGCCUGUCCCUGCAGGUGUUUCAGUGUAAACAUUGCCUUUUCUGUGAAAAGGCAGUGGUUACAUUGCUGCUUAAUAACACCUCUAGUGACAGUCACUCAGAUGGCCACUAGAGAGUCCUGGGUCACCCAGGUUCAGUGUCUCCAAACUCUGCAUGGAGGCGCUGAAUGUUCCUCAUAGAGAUUGAUUAAUUUAAUGCAUCUCUAUGAGGAGAUGCGGCUUGGUACAUUUCCUGCGCAUGAUAAUCUCAGCCAUGGCAAAACUGGCACGGCGUGGGAAAAUGGGGAAAACGGUGAGUAAAAAUACCUUCCUCAGGGGGCAGGAGGGGGCAGGUACCUAAACGGGCACACACACACUGACAGGCGCACACACUCUGACAGGCUCUCACACACACACUCUGUCAUGCUCACAUACACACUCACGCUGACAAUAGGCUUGCAUGCACAUACUUUGACAGGCUCACACACACUCUUACACUGACAACAGGUUUGCACGCACACACUCUGACAGACUUGCACACACUUGCACACUCUGCCUGUAGCUCCUCCCUGCUCCCUCGCACUCUGUAAUGAUCCUGGGGCUGGUAUGACGUAAUAUUCUGGCUCCCGGCAUCAUUAGACAGCGCAAGGGAGCAGAGAGAAGCUGCAGGCUGCAGUACAGUUCCCUUGUGCGCUGCCCACAUUGCUACCGCAGGCAGCCGCCUCCAAUAUUCCCCAUGACGCAUCAAAGCUCCCUCCCACACUUCCUAGACAGCUUGCAAAUCCCAGGUGCCAGGGCGAAAUUUCUAGUCGCCGUGUCGAUCUGGCGCCUGGGAUUUGUCGAGCCCUGUAUUAUACUGUAGUGCACCAUUAUAUUUUUCUGUAUUUUUCUGUUACGAUACACCUUAUGAAGGUCCUUUCUAAUGGUGGAUGUAACUUCCAUUUUUUUUAUACUGUUUUUAAGCGUGAUUCACUGCUUUAGUGUUACCCCAAAAUCUACCACUAUUUUGCACUGAACUGGUCAAGGUCCGAGAAAUAACUCAACAGCCCUAUCUUAAACAGCUCUGUCAUCACCGACUCACAUAUCUGAGUUUAUAGAUGAGUUCAAAGUACAGGCCUGUCUGAGAGCUCUCAAAGUCCACUACUCUGUAUACUCCAGUCAGAAAGAAAAUAAAAGCUUUGAUCUGGUAGACUCUGAUAGAAAACGUUAAACAUCAUGUUUACUUGCAUGGUGCACAGAGUCAUUCUCCAUUUUUUCAAUGAAAUCAUAAGCUGUCAAUGAAUCUUGCUACAAAAAAUGUGUGUUUAAUUGUCAGAAAGGUAUAUGUCAGUCUUAGAGUGUAAUCAGAAUGUACCAAUAAUAAUUUAUUGAUUACUUUAAAAGGAUCUCUAAGCAUAUUAAGCUAUACACUGUGUUGUAGUGGUUAUCGUACAAAGAUUAUUUGGCUCCAGUAAUUCCAGUUUUGUCAAAUUGUUUGAUAAAAUAUCAUGGUAGUUUGAGAACAAAUGAGGUUCUCCAGGCCACUAAGCCUACACUCGCUUUUACCCCCAAAAUAAUGAGGAAUUUCACUCCCUCAGUAUCUAUCAAAAUUUGGAUGGCAGUGAUAGGCUUUGAAUGCUAAAUGUGGCUUUUACCAGUGGCCACAGCCUAUCAUUGCCUUCCAAAUUUUAUUUUGACAAAAUAAAAACCCAGGCAAAAUUAAAACAGAAAUAUUGCACCCAAGUACUCCUUACACCAUAACCACUCAAAUAGGCUGCAGUGAUUAUGGUGCUUACAAUGUCCUGUUAUGUGAGUUGUGUCCCUGACAAAGUUCUUUUUUUGGUCUACUGUUUACCUCUUCUGGCAUAGCCCUUAGUUUAAUAUUGUUUGAUUUAAAAUUUAUUGAAUCCUAAUCCUAAAGAUAAAAUGAGUUAAUAUUAUGAAGAAUAUUUACAUUUUGGAAUAUUUUGAUUUAGUUUCUAAUGUAUAGAUUUUUUUUUAUAUAGGAUAUAUUUUUGUCAUUUUAAUAUGCUGAAAAAAGGGUUAUUUUAAAAGAUUAGCCAGAAAUCUCAAAUAAUUUGGUAAGCUUAUCCAACAAUAUUAAAUCAAUGCCAUAAUUCAGUCACAUUAUUAAAUAUGGGAGCAGGCAUUUUGCUUUGAGAGGUCGGCUAAAACAGAGGCCAACUUUCAUGAUAACAUUACUUGUUAACCGUACAUGUCAUUGAUCUCACUUAAAAUUCAUGUUAUGAUUGAACUUCAAAGUAGUCUAUCAUAACAAACACAUAGUUGGUUUUAUUUUUAACUUUUGAUAAAGGCAUCAGAACUAUUUCAGCGGCAGAAGGCAUGAAAAAAAAUAGUGGCGUUACUCUGUAACUAUUUUACUGGUUUCAGUAUUUAUGUGAAAAGAAGAUUAAUGUCAGACACAAAAUAAGAGUUAUAAUAACAUAAACAAAAGAUACACUACACAGUGCAUUAAAAAGGUUUAGAGCUAGGUCCCUUUAUUUCUCAUCAACAUUUAGUCUUCUUUUAUACCGGGUGGUCUUUUAUCCCAGACAGGGAAUGAUAUACAGAGAGGAAUAAGGUGGGAGACUAAAUAAAAUAUAUUAAUUACAUGUCUUUGUGACAUACCGUAUAUACUCGUGUAUAAGUCGAUCUCGUGUAUAAGUCUAGUGCAGUUUUGUGACCAACAAUUGUGAAAUAUGCUAUGCCUCGUGGAUAAGUCGAGGGUAAAACUUGGGGCUAUGAAAUUCUGUGAUUUUUAUAAUUAUAUACACACACACUCAUACAAACACACACACUGCAUUAUAUACACACACACUCAUACAAACUCACACUCUGCAUUAUAUACACACACACUCUCAUACAAACACACACUCUACAUUAUAUACACACACUCUGUGUAUAUAAUGCAGAGUGUGUGUUUGUGUAGUGUGUGUGAACUGGGUGGGGGGAGGGCAUUUUUAUUAUUUAAUUUUUUUUUAAUUUUAAUAUUAUUAUUUUUUUAUAAUUUUAAUUUUUUUUGUCCCCCCCUCCCUGCUUGUUAACUGGUCAGGGAGGGGGGCUAUCUUAAUCCCUGGUGGUUCAGUGGCAUGGGCUGUGAAGAGGGGGGGCCAGCAGGAAGCAUUUACUUACCUUUCCUGCAGCUCCUGUCAGCUCCCUUCUCCUCCAUUCUGGUCAGCUCCACUGUAAGUCUUGCGGUCUGGUUGCCGCGCGGAUCGUUGCCAUGGCUCUGACGGCCGCGGCUCUCUAAGUUGCUAUAAUACAGACAGUGACUCGAGUAUAAGUCGAGUGGGGGUUUUUAAGCACAAAAAAUGUGCUGAAAAACUAGACUUAUACUCAAGUAUAUACUGUAACUAAAAUGUAUUGAAUUAUAUCACAAGUUACACAAAAUUCUCUGUAAUAAAAUGUCAAAUGAUUUUGGUCACAUGGCAAUUGGUGUUUUAGAAAGAUCCCAUUUUCAGAUGUACUUACUCCAUGAAACAGAUUUCAAGUCUGUACAUAUAAAUGAGUAUCAUGCUGGGUUUUUUUUUGGGGGGGGGGGUUUGUUUUUGUUUUUAACUCUCCCCCGAAACUGUUUGAUUUGAGAGUAGGGCCAAAACCUUCCCUGUGGUUGCAGGUUUAUAUAGCCCGUUAUUGUUAUAUUUUGACAUUUAUAUAGCACCAGUUUAUUUUGCAGCACUUUACAAUAUAUAAAAUGGGAUAAUUUUAACAAUAAAUGAAUCAAUUACAAAAUGUUCCAUGAGCAAUAGAUUUUGCAAUGAUGGCUAAAUCUUGGGGUUCCAUCUGUGGUAAAAGAGUGUUGGGGCAUUUUAUGGCUCAUAUUAAACAGCCAGAUAGUAGUGUGAACUUGUUUUAUUAUCUUCAUUCACCCGAUACAUUUUUUCUCUGUGCUUUAAAAACAAGACACACUGGCCAGUUCUGUUAUUGUAUUCCCCUGGAUAAAUUAGGCCUCUUCUUUUCAAGAGAGUUGUCUUGAGAGAUUGUUUUGUGUGAGUAGCUAUCCUGAGUUUAUUUUGAAAUCCCUAAUUCCUUAUCCAAAUACUUUUAGUCCAAGCCAAUAAGAAAAGCUCUUUUUAGCCCUCGGGCUAGAUACUCAACAACACUGUCAUAGAGAGAAAGCUAGCUAAAAUGACCAGGCACUUGAUAAGGAUCAUGCUUUGGCUGUCUAUUGUAUUGAGUUUGCAUAGUUUAUACAGCCAACAGACGUUAGACUCCAGUUUCAAAACAACAUAUACAGGUGCAACAAUUUCAGCUUCAUAAUAAUUAUCAUAAGUCUUUAAAAUAUGUGUAUGCUAUGUGUUUUUGUUCUGUUAGGUACAGAGGACGCCAUAUCACAGAGGAGCAGUCAACCUAUACGGCCCUGAGCACAGCCCCCCUCUGGCCUCCAGUAAUGAUUGGAGUUCAUGGCAAAGUUGGUCCCCGUGUUCCCGAACCUGUGGUGGGGGAGCUGCAGUGCGCACCAGGCAGUGCCUAAUCCGGUAAUACAUCAUCCUAUUUUAGUGAUGUGUAAUGAAAUGGACUAAUAGAAAAUUCCUAAACACUUUCUGAAACCUAACCUAGAUAUUCUUAUCCCCUGCUCUGUUAAUAGCCUUCUAGACCCUGCAGGAACCUCCUGUGUGUGAUUAAAGUUCAAUUUACAGAGCAGGAAAUAAAAAUGUCCAAAGUAAAUUACAUCUGAUUAAAAAUGAAAACCUUUUUUUCAUGCAGACUGUGUCAGCCACAAAAGUUCUUAAAGUUUUGAUGUAUAAAUCAUGCCCCUGUAUAGGGCCAGAUUAAGAGCCUAGUGGGCCUGGUGCUGACAAUUAUGAUGAGCCUAAUUACAAAAUCUUAUUGACCAAAAACACUAAAAUAGUCCUACCUCCUAAGCGUCAUGUAUCUGAUGGAGAUGGUGCUGGAGGGAAACUCAUAGGAUGCAGCCAUGAGAAAAUACAUACCCUAUGCUAAUCUCAUGCUUUCAUCUUUCAAGAAAACCCAUACCUCCUAACAGCAGUGUCCAGUAAAGCAGGAAGUCUAUGGAUGGGGUAAAAGGGUGGGCAACUGACACAAAUCACAUAACAGGAACUGCCGAAAGGGACGAACAUACACAAAAAGGGGGCAUAUCUAUGUCCCUAUGUCUCCCAGUCCCUUAGUGUCUGUGUCCCCAUGUCACUAGGGCACUAGGGGACAUUGAGAGACAUUGGAACACUGGGAGACAUGGGGACACUGAGAUACUAGGGAACACUGGGAGACCUGGGGACACCGAGACUCUUGGGGACACUGGGAGACAUGGAGAAAUGGGGACACUGGGUGACUUUGGGACACAAGGGGACACUGGGAGACAUGGGGCACUGAGAAACUAUGAUACAUAGGGGACACUGUGAUAUAUAGGGGACACUGGAGACUUGAUAAAGACCUGGGUACAGGUCAAAAUGUUGUGCUGUCCUAUAAACCUGCUUAAAUCUAUCACAGUGAGUGCCUGAGAUUUUUUUCUUCUAUGCUAGGGGACACUGAGACACUUGGGGGCACUGUGAGACAUGGGGACACUGAGAGACUAGCGGAUUCUGAGAGACUAGGGGACACUGAGACACUAAGGACACUGAGAAACUACAGAUACUGAGAGACACCAGGGACACUGGGAGACAUGGGGCACUGAGAUACUCUGCUACAUAGGGGACACUGUGAUACAUAGGGGACACUGGGGACUUGAUAAAGACCUCGGUACAGGUCAAAAUGUUGCGGUGUCCAAUAAACCUGCUUAAUUCUAUCACAGUGAGUGCCUGAGAUUUUCUUUUGUACUAGGGGACACUGAGACAGUGGGAGACAUGGGGACACUGGGAGACUAGGGGACUUUGGGAGACUAGGAAACACUGAGACACUAGGGACACUGGCACACUGUGGACAUUGAGAGACACCAGGGACACUGGGAGACAUGGGGAUACUGAGAUACUAGGUACACUGGCUGGGAGACAUGGGGACACUGGGAGUGCCCCAUGUCUCCCAGGUCUCAAAGUCGCCCAGUGCCCCCAUGCCUCUGUGUGUCCCCAUGUCUCCCUGUGUCCCCAUGUCUCUCAGUGUCCCGUAGUAUCUCAGUGUCCCCAUGUCGCCCAGUGUCCCCUAGUGUUUGUAUCCCCAUGUCUCCUAGUGUCCCUCAGAGUCUGUGUCCCCAUGUCUCCCAGUGUCCCAAUGUCACUAGGACACUAGGGGACACUUAGAGACAUUGGGACACUGAGAGACUAGGGGCCACUGAGAGACAUGGGGCCAGUGUGUCCCUAGUGUCUCAGGGUCCCCAUGUUCCCCAGUGUCCCUAUGUCUCCCAAUGUCUCAGCGUCCCCAAGUCUCUCACCGUCCCCAUGUCUCGCAGGCUCGGAGCUGCUGUCUGCACUCUCUGUGCAGAGUUGCUCCCCCGCAGGUCAGUGAGUAGAGAGAGGCAGGGAGGGAGAUGCUGUAACUUCUUAUCUCUGCCUCUCUCCACACAAACAGCGCUGGUAUUGCAGAAUAAUCUCUGUUUAUACUGAAACAGUCAUUUGUAUUGCCGGUAUUACUGCAAUAGCGGCACCGGCUAGGCAGCCUUAAAUACCUGAGAAAUACUUCUGAGAAAUACCUGGCAACCAUAAGAAAUACAUGAGAAAUACCUGGCAUCCCUAAGAGUAGUGUGUGUAAAAAAUAAAUAAAAAAAUGGGCCUAUUCCAUGGGCCUGGGCCUGGAGCUGCAGCUCCAUCAGCCCCUAUGUUAAUCCUGCCCUGCCCCUGUAGUCUUACUGCUCAAUGCUCUGUCAUUUAGGAUUUUAAUUACUUUGUUUAUGCAGUCCCAGGCACUCCUCCCUGCAUUGUCAUCUAACAUUUAUACUUUCUGUAUUCCUUUAUUGUUAUUUUAAUGUAGAAUUUCUUAUCUUCUGCUCUGUUAAUAGCUUGCAAGAUCCUGCAGGAGUCACCUGUAUGUAAUUCAAAUGACAGAGCAGUAGAUAAAAAAUGUUAACGUAAGUUACAUCUGAUUGAAAAUGAAACCAUUAUGUUUUCAUGCAGGCUGUGUUAGUUACAGACAGUAGAUGUGUGUCUUGUACUGCAUAAACAGAAACAAAAGUUAUUUAACUCCAAAAUGGAAGAGUGUUGAGCAGUGAGAAUACAGGGAUAAUGUAGGAAAGUUGUUUUGAUGUCUCUGGUGUCCCUUUUAUUGUUGAUUCACUAUGUAAAUUUUAAUUGUUUAACUACUGUACUUGCAACAAAAAUAAAUACAAAAUUGGAGAAGUUCCCUGCUUUAAGGAACCUGCUGGCUUUUUGGGAAGGCAGAGUUCACCAAAUACCAGCAGACUAUCCGCUCAUGAUAAUUGCAGACUGAAAGUACUUUGAACCAAACAAAACUUGGGAACAGCAUUAUGGAGGGCACUGUCUGCAACUAUUGCAGCUUAUAUAGAGACCCCAAAAUAGUUUGCUCCCAAACUCUCCCUGGCUGCUACCGAGCUUCACUGUACUUGAGGUUGGAGGGGGCAUCAUUCACAGCAAGUCUGUGUGAUGCAGAGAAACUGACAGGAGACGUCACUUAGCAUGGAUUGGGAAAGUAGGGUUUAUAUUGUAAAAUUCAGUUUUGCAUGUUAAAUCAGUACAAAACAAACACUUUGUAUACUUAGAUUGGGAUGGAAGAGGUUACAUGUCUUGUGUUUUUAUUUUGUUCUUUUUACCUUAUCUGUACCUGCAAUUAUACCAUGUAGAGGGAACAAAAUAUCUCUGCUCUACCUAGUAAAUCUGCAUUGUGUCACAAGCCAUGAUUUACACAUACGCGUGUUCUCUCCUGCAGAAUUCUCUUAAAGGAAUUUAUAAACAUGUCUUAAAAUCAAGUGAAACUAUCUAUUCUUGUAAAAAGAUUUUUUUUAUUAUAUUGUUCUGAACAUGCAACAUUAACCCUCUUGACAACAGUAUUCCAUCAUUCUGAGCUCUAGUGAUUUACUGCUCUAUUCCUCAUAGAGAUCCAUUGGGCCCACCAUGCCACGGAGACCAGAGACAGUACCAGGUUUGCAAUGUGAAGGUGAGGAUCUUCUCAAACGUCAGUGCUAAAACAAACAUACAAAUGUUUCUAGGAUCUUUAAAUAUUAAAUUAUUGAAUUCACAUAGCCCACUGUGAUAUAGAGGAAAUGGUACAUGACUAAGUCCUCUGGGCCAAAACAUUGUAUCUUUUUUUGUCCUUUUUGAUUUCCAAUAAAUAAUUUUCUGCAUUCACCCUACAUUGUGACGCCUGUGGAGCUCUACUUCUAAGUGAUAAUAUCCUUAUCAACCAAAAAACCUAUUGCUGCCUCUUUAAUGCAGGUAUCUGAACGCAAAAUACAUUUUUGUAUUGUCAUAUAUUCCUCGGCAUUCUCUAAAAAGUUUGUCAUCUGUUAGCACUCCCUAAACUUGGCCAGCAAAAAUAUUGCCUCCUUCAGUAUGGAAAACAUCAAGGAAUUUGUAUAAACCGUUCUGUGCUCUGAAAAGUGGUCUAAAAUACUAAAUGUGGGGCAGUCACCAUGGAAACUAGAGGACCAGUAUGCACGUUUCAUUGCUGACUUUUCCCCUUUUUUAUGUUUGCACCACUUUUCAAAGCAUGACACUCUUUAUACAUAACUCUCUGUAUCUAUUAGAGCUGUGAUCCUUUAGAGGAAACUAACACUUUUAGGAGGCCUCUUUUGGCCAGGAAUGUCCCCAGGUCCGGAUUUCAGAAAAGGUGAUUUAAUAAGGAAAAAAAUAUGGUUCUAAUAUAAAAUGAAAUAAAUAAAAUAUAUUAAUUAAGAGACCCCCCCGUGAAUUUGUUUUUGUGUGUGUGUGUGUAAGAAAACUCUCAACAAAGCUAUUGAAUCAUGUUACAGUUUGCUUUGAUGAACAAAUCUUUAUUUAAACUUGUAAAAUACUUCUUGCAUAGGACUGUCCAUCAGGAGUGAGUGAUUUCAGACAUUUUCAGUGCUCCGCUUACAACCACAAGCCUUUAAUGGGAACUUACUACAGAUGGACUCCCUUUCACUCAGGUAACUACAUUAUCCUGUCUCUAAGACCACAUCCUUAAAUAAACUUUUCUCACGCAAAGGCAAGAAAGACAUUCCUAGUAAAGAGACCAAGCACUAAUUAUAAUCUUAUUUUUUUGUAAUUUAAUAUAUUUUUCCCGGAGGUAAAAAACUGCAACGCGUUCCUUUAAAAAGUCCCUUGAGAUUUCCCACACAUUAAAAAAAUUUCUGGUCAUUUUUACCUUACACCCAAAUAUAUAUGAUAUAUUAUUAUAUAAAAUCCUUUAUUGUUUUUGAUAUCUGCAUUUAUGAUAUUUUGAUAUAUUGAAAAACAUAACAAAAUAACGCUCUGAGAGAGAAGCUGCCGGUUUGUUUCUAACGGGUCUUCUCAGAGGCCGUUUUACUGAUAUUUUUUCUUGGAACCAGAAAUAUAAAAUGAGAGACCAUUUCAUCUCGUUUAGAGAGCACUUUAUUAUAUUAACACUGCUUGUAAAUGGUUUUAUAAAGAACAACUGGUUUGCGUUUAAUAUAUUACAGAGGCUUUCUUCUUGGCCUACCUGAAAAUAAACAAGAAAUUUAAAAUGGCUGCUCUUUCAUGUUUUGUCUUGCUAAUGUCAUUAAAGCACCACUAUUUGACAAUUUAUAAGGCUAGAGGCAAUGUAUAAUUUAAUUACUCUUCAAUUACUUGGGGAUGCAAUUACUUUUUCAGAGUUUUCUUUAAUCUACUACUUCACUUCCAAUUUUAAUUUAGUCUGCUGUCAAAUGCCAUAUUUAUUAUUAUCAUUAAAAGUCUUGUUAUAUAUUUUUGUUAUAUUACUCCACUAUUGGUUCUGGUCCUGCCAACAAUUUUUUCUUACUUCUUUCUCCUCUAAUCCUAUUCUGUCCUGCCUUUCUUUCCUUUAAUACAAUGUUACCUUGCAGCGUUAUCUUAAUAUUACUGUACCCUAGAAUAUCAAUAUUGCCUACUUAACUCCCAUUUGAUUAAUAGAUUUUUUUUAUAUGUAAAUUAACAUGGGGGUAUACUAAACAAAUUCAUUAAAAAGAAUAACGCCUAUAAAAAGUAAUUUUUAUUCCCGGUAACUAAUCCUGCUUACUUUCAAAUACCUUAACAAUUAUAUGCUGUCAUUAAAUCGUUGUCUGCUGAUGUUUCCUCGAUCUAACCCAUCCGUCUGUCAGUACCUUAAGCUUGUCACGCUCUUCCUCCUGAAUCAUACACAAAUACAAGACUAUUCUUGUGCUGUUACUACUUUGUAAAAUUCCUUAGCUUUCUGUGUGAGAUCUUCCUGAAUUCUUAUAUUUUAAGGGUUGUUUAAAAACUCACCUGAUGUGCUUUGAAACUGCCCUUGAAUUUUAAAAAAAUGGUACUUGUCAUUAGGAGCACUUUACAUAGGCUUCAUGCAAGACACAGUCCUUUCCUUGUAGCUGGUGUCUCUUUGACUUGCCCUUAUUUUUGUGGUCUGUGAUUGUUGUGCCUGGUUGUUCCAGUGGUUGCACUUCAUGUUUAUUCUAGUGGUUGACCUCCCUGUUUGAUCUACAGGUAUAAAAACUCAACAAAAAUAUCAAGGCUAAUUAAGGGAUCAAAUGACUCUGUCAAUUAUCACCAAGAAAAAUAAGUGUAUUAUCAAUACCCUAUGACAUUAUAUAACCCUUAUAAUAUGUACAUUUAGGCCAGAAGACAGCUCUUUUGCUUUUGUACAUCAACAGCAUUUGCUUAAUCUGCACAACAUAAGCAAUUCAAUUUAUAGUCUCAAAAUGUCUAUUUUUAUGUUGAACAAUCCCCAUAAUUCAGUCUCCUUCUUAACCCAUAUUGAUAACCCUCUCAGUCCUAUUUAUCUCACCUCAUUAUUGCCUUUCGUUUAUUACCCGUUGUUCACUAGUUCACCAUCAUCACCCCUACACCUGUUGGUCCUUCCCUAAUACCAGUCAGGCUCUAUGCUAAUAAAAUAUGUAAUUGUGGAGCGUAUUCACACUAAUCAAUGUAAAUCACAUUCAAUAAGGCGGCUGUUUAAAAAUGAAAAUAUAUUCUCCUUCUCUUUCUUAUUAUAUUCCUCUGACCAAUGAACCUCACUUUGUACCCUAUGUUCCUGAACUGUCCAUGUCCUUGGAUCAUCAAAAAAAACAAAAAAAAACGUUUAAAUGUAUACUUAAUUCUAAUUAAUUAUUUUUAAUUUUGUCCCUUAUCAUGGCUACACGCAGGUGUCCAAAUGAACAUUUCUGUGUUGUUUUAUGUAAUGAUCAGGUGUUAGAACACACAUCAUUCUCAACAUUUCAGCAUCUUCACUUUUCUGUUUCCUAAAAAGGACAAAGUGACUGUGAGCUCAGCUGUUUGGCACAAGGGCAAAAUUUCUAUUAUAAUUUUGGCCGGGUUUUGGAUGGUACAUCAUGCCGCACAGAUUAUGAUGGGAUCUGUAUCAAUGGGCAGUGCUUGGUAAGUUUACUGAGAUGUUUUCUAAGGAGGGCAGUAAUCUUUAAUAUAAAACUUAUACCAAAUGCAAGAUAACCAUGGGAUGAAGAACUGUUCAAAUUUCCCAUUUUCAGUAAUACUGUUUGCUACCUGACAUUUCUAUCAUUUUGUGGCCUUUAAAUUGCAAAAGGAACAAAGGUUUAGGUAAAGUAUUCUAACCAUAUUUUUGUCUCCUUUGCUUAGUGUAACUUGUACUUAUUAUGUAUGUGUAUGAAUGUAUGUAAAAAAUUAGUAAAUGUAAAAUAAGUUUAAAACUCAAAUUAAUUGCAAGGAAUGCACUGAUCUCAAAACUGUGAAAUAAUCUAUUAACAGUUGUUGUACAAUUACAUUUCCCAUGAUUUGUUUCCACUUAUUAUGCCACUGACUGUAGAUUACCUAUAGGCUGGCAAUGUAUCAAUCCAACUGCUGAAAAGGUAUCUGUACCCCUGAUCAAUUUUUAUUUUUUUUUAUAACCCAAAUUUCUCAAUAAUUUCCAUAAGUGUAAUUACCAAAUUAAAGGGACACUAUAGACACCCAGUCCACUUCAUCUCAUUGACGUGAUCUGGGUGGUGUCCCCUGUCCUCUUAACCCUGCAAGCGGAAACAUUACAGUUUCAUAGAAACUGCAAUCUUUAUAGCAGGAUUAAGACAACACUUCCUGGCUUCUCACACAGUUUAAAGGGAUACUAUAGUCACCAGAACAACUACAGCUUAAUGUAGUUGCUCUGGUGAGUAUAAUAGCUCCCUUCAGGCAUUUUCAUGUAAACACUGCCUUUUCAUAGAAAAGGCAGUGUUUACAUUGCCCCUUUAGGGACACCUCCAAGUGGCCACUUCUUGCUCAGUAGGCAACCCUGCCAUUCAGUGUCCCCACGCUCGUUAUUGAUUCAAUGGUUUCCUAUGGUAAAGCUCUAAUGCCUGCUCUGAUGCCUGCGCAGCAGAUGCUCAUUAGGUUUCUCCAUCAUUGUAACAUUGCUGGAGUAGGAGAUCGAUCCAGCGGCGAGGGACCUUAGGUGAGUGUUUAAAGGGGUGGGUCUUAAGUUAGGGACAGAGGCAUAGUAUAGCUUUAGGAAUACAGUUUUUAAUUCUUAAUGCUUUAGUAUUCCUUUAACUAAUUUUCAGUAGAGCAGCACUAUAAAAAUAAGUUACAAUUUCUAAUUGUAAUGUUUCUUUUUAAAGUUCUGAAUAGAAAUAUUUGCAGAAUAAUUUUACAUUUUGGCAGCUCUGGAGAUGUCUCCUUAUUCUGUAAAAUUGUUAUAUAACACUCGUAAUAACAUAAGACUUUUAUUUAUGUUUUGUUUUGUAUCAGCAAGUCGGCUGUGACCUUAUCCUGGGAUCCGAUGAGAAGACAGAUAUCUGUGGUGUUUGUGGAGGAAAGAAUGCUUCUUGCAGACAUCACCGCAGUAUCUACACUACCAAAUAUCCAACUUCCGGUAACUGUCUCAAUCAUUUUUCUGUAGCUUAUUUCUAUGCUACACAUCGGUAAUCAUUGAUAUUUUUAUUCCUCUACAUACUUUGCUGGAUGCAUGCAAAGAGUUACAAUAAAUAAAAAUGUAUGCCUAAGUGCAUUUCUUUCAUUGUUUCUUUAAUUUUAUUUGAAGACAAACCAGUGUUUGCUAAUUGUUUCCUGUACUUUGGAUCAUUUCAAGGCUAAUUUGUUUAGCCGACAAAUUGUUUCAAAGCAGUUUAGCACAUUCAGAGUGAAUCUCCAAAUCUCCUUCAGAACUGCUUUUAGUAAAUUCCUGAAUGGCAUAGUUGGGUCAAUUUUGAAACUUGGUGUUACUUUCUGAUCUUUUACCCCCAAAAGUUGUAUCUUUAUUUAUAUUUUGGAGACACCAUGUUCUGUGGUUUUGAAGCGAUAUUGACAUGAUUCACCUUCCAUUCAUUUUACUGUACAGACCACAAGGAUUAAUUUUUGUUUCAGUGUAAAAUGGCAUUUCACGUUGUGUCUUUGCAUCUUUAUCAUUAGUGGCACAAUAUUUAGUCUCGCACAUCCUGUAGCCAUGGUCUGUUUACAGAACACUGAAUUUUCUUCCUACAGAUAUCUGUAAUUGUGUUACAAUCUUGCCUUCCCAUGUAUCUGAUGGGAUUAAUCAUGGUUAUCUGUUGCCUUUUUCUCUGGUACUAAAAAGAGUGAAUGGGUGUUUAACCUUUGAUUCACUAUUCGGUGUGUAUGUCAUACCUGUUUGUUGGAAGACUGCUAGAUGACAAGAACAUUGUUGGACAUUGAUGGUCCUGGGAGGAUUCACUGAAAUUAUGAGAAAUUGUCUUCCACACUAAAACAUAUUUAUAGAACUUGUGUUUUACCCUUCUGCCCAGCAAACCAUGAAGUAAAAUGUAUUCUGCUCUGUAACAAAUUAGGUCAUUUUACUAAGCGGUGAAAGCUUCUUUCUACUCUGCAGACCCGUUAUCAUCCUAAUAUGAUGAUCAUCUGUAGAACAACACUGGAGUGUUGACCCAAUAUCAUCACUUUAGUUGGUCUAAUGUUGUUGCUUGCAUCCUGGAUGCCUGCCAUCGUCAAUCUAUUACAUCACUGGCUUUAGUACACACGUUGUAAUAACCUGACUAGACACGAGAUACUUCAUAUCUGUCUCUGUAUUCUACCAACAUUCCAUUUGCUGUUGUUGUAAGGAACACUCCCUUUCUCAGAGACUUCAAGUGUCAGCUUUCUGGCUGCUUGGAAAGCUGGGGAUUAUGUUUAUUCCUAUUGUUGAAUGUCUGUAUUUUUUCUGGAUGUCAAACACCUUUAUUAUUUAUAAAGCUAGUGAAAAGAACAGGGGAAGCAAAGCUAAAUUAUCGCUCAUGACACAUGACAUUAGCUUGCCAAGUGCACUCUUUGACAAAUGCUUUUUUUCCAGAUUUUUGUUGCUCAUGAUAGAAUGUUAGUUAUUUGUACAGGGCUAUUCUAAAAAUGACUCUUUUCUAUCACAUAGUUGCCCUUGCUGGUCAUAUCACCCAUUCUGUAUCUUUUGUGGGGGUACAGGGCAUUGUGACCUAUCCGGGUUAACUGGAGAUCUAUGCUGUUGGUGGCACAUGUCUCCAGCACACAACAGCUACCCUCUAUUAGUGUCACAUAUUCAUCCGCUUAUAGAAAUGUGGUUAAUGACAUUUACUGUCCACACAGGAAAAGUUGUGCCGAGCAGCAACCUAAUCCACAGAAGGGUUAAUGCUGAGCAGUAAUUGUGCAAAUGAAACCUGGUGUCAUGUAUUCAUCCGCUUAGAGAAAAGUGAUUAAUGACAUUUACUGUCCACACAUGAAAAGUUGUGCCGAGCAGCAACCUAAUGCACAGAAGGGUUAAUGCUGAGCAGCAAUUGUGCAAAUGAAACCUGGUGUUAUGUAUUCAUCCGCUUAGAGAAAAGUGAUUAAUGACAUUUACUGUCCACACAUGAAAAGUUGUGCCGAGCAGCAACCUAAUCCACAGAAGGGUUAAUGCUGAGCAGCAAUUAUGCAAAUUAAACCUGGUAACUGACUUUGGGGUCAAAGGCCGGUUACAGCCUAUCAGAACUAAAGGAGGGGUAUUUAGGCCCAGUUCUCAGCCUGCUCAGUGCCCUGUCGUGGUUUCCCUUGUGGUUGUCCGAGAGCGCGUUCCUGUUUAUAGUUUUCUACCUGGUUUUUUACUUUGGCUUUGUUUAUUGACUUCUCUAUAUUCUGGUAUCCUGACUCCUGGCUUUCCUCAUCGCUGUGUCCCUUUCUGUGUUCCCUGACCUCGGCUAGUAUUUUUGACUAUUCUUUGUACGUUAAAUCCGGCCAUUCUAAGGACCGGUAAUACGUUACUUAUUUGUCAUCCGUGCUGUACAGUUCUACGUGCUGGAUCAAACAGUAAUCCUGACAAUUAGUGACUGAUGAUACAGUGGCUUUAAAAAUUAUCAUGGCUCUCCAUUUCUUCAAAGUGAAAGCAUAGAAGAAAUAUCCACAAGGGACAUGGAUUUGAACAAACUCUUUAAUCAAUAUAUUGAGAUGGUUUGUAGGUAAUGUACACACAGACAAAUUGUGACCCAAAACGUUAUGCCUCUCAUUUUUUAAUGUAAUAGCAAAUGUGUUGGGGGCAGCUAUGAUAAGACACCAUUUCCCAUGGUAAUGGAAUCUCUGCUUAUCUUCUGUUCGGUGGGAAUGCAUGGUAGUAUUUUGUCUUCAAAGUAAAAAAGUAUCUUUGCCACCAUGAACAUGGAUAUUGUGUCCAUGCUGGUUCCCACUUGAUAACCCAGGAUUGUGCAUACAGUCUUUACUGCUAUCUAGAAAGGUCUUCAAAAUACAUUUCAAGUGCUUGGUUCCUUUGCUUUUCCCUAAAUCUCCAAAAUCUCACUCCAUAAUUGUCAUUUUCAGGGCUCUUUGGAUACAGUGAGGUGACCAUGAUUCCUGCAGGUGCUACUCACAUCAAAGUGAUGGACAGGAGUAACAACUACCUGGGUAAGUGUCUGCUUCUGGACGAUCUCCAUUAGUGUGUUACUAAUUAUAGGAAUGUAAAGUUACUGUACAAUCAAUGUAUGCAUGAACAAAACAAGAUGAUGUAAGGUGCUGGAAGGGUAUUCUCUACAUACAAUAAGACUACAAAAGAGAAAUGUAUUUCAUCUGCAUCUGAUACACUUGGUCUUGUGCCACUUAAUGUAAUAUGUUAUAUAAGGAGUCGCGUAGUUAAGUGUGACACACCUGCAACAAGUUCUGAUAUGUUUGUUGCUAGUUAUUAAAAACUAAUUUAAAACAUUUCAGUCAAACAAAUUUUCUGCCAUUAUUCAUUAAAAAGCCAAGGGUAAUAGACAAAUAUUUGAAGUGAUCUCCUGUUUGAGGCAUCCAUGAUUCUCAUCUUUUCCUCUUCCAUUCCGUGCUAUCUUGUCACCGCUUGUGAUUUCGUCUAACUUUCGAAACCAUGCAUUUCUUUCAAGUUUCUGAUCCUGAGCCCUUCAAACUCACAUCAUCUUCUUCCCUUUCAUAUAUCUGUCCUCAUUUAUUACAUAGUGGAGUCUGUAGGAGGAUAGCAGGUGGUACCAUCAAGAAGGCAUAAUGAAUAAAGUGUGUCAUGAAGGGGUUGGCAGACAUAGAUCUUAGAAUGUAGGUCAUCCUCGUGAAUGUUCUAAUGAAAUAUGUUACUAUGUAACAAAUAAAUAGCUGGGUCAAUACACAUGCUGUACUUUAACAACAUAAAACAUAAAUACAAUUUGUGGGACUCUGCAGUAUGUGCUAAUGAAAUUGUGCAAUAAACAAACAGACAUGAAUGCUCAUUUCUCUUUAACCUUGCUCUCAGUAUAUGCAAUGUGCUUAUCACUGCUUUAUAUGCAGUAUGCAACCUUGUAGAAUGAUUGUGGCCGACCGCCACUCACUGCUUCCUAGUACCUCCGAGUACUUCCAAGCACUCCACCAGACAACAUAAGCACCGUAGUCCCCACUUCCAGCGUUACAGCUUGGCUGGAGUCUUGCCGUCCUCCACCCACCCUGGACCCAAGACCAGAAUCCAGCUUCCAGUGGGCAGACCUCUCCUACUCCAGAGAGUGCUCUUACAAGAGCAAGUGAUUUUAACCCAGUUAUAAUCUAUGUUGAGGGUAGGAAGGAACUCUUUUAAUGGUUGCCACAACUGGCCUUAUGGGCAGGUCUCCAUGCAAGGGGCACUCCCCCCUGGACCUGAGAGUAAACCACAGUAGAAACAAAUACACAAUUACAUUGGCUCUCAGAUCCAGGACACUCUCAUACAUAACAAGAUAAUCCCUCCCCUGUGUCUGGGAGAUAAUUGAGUCAUCCACUGUAGUAAAUCUCCACAAAGAUACAUUUAAACGCAUUAAAACUCCCAGAAAAGUUACAUCCCCUAAUAGCCCAGAUCUGGGUGACCAACAUAUCCAAAAAUCACCCAGAUCGGUUCAGGGGUUCAGGAAUUUUCUGGAAGUCAUAGUUUGACAGACCGCACGCAUGGUCCCAUAGCCAAAACAGUUCCAGAGAAUCAGGAUUUGUGGUUGGUCUAGUUCGUAAUUCACAAUACAACAUAAAUACGAAUGCAACCAGUUUGUAUGUAUACUUAGUCUGUCUCUCUUGUUCGGGAGUGUUUCCACCGAACGCCGGUCUUCUCAAGUGAAUCCAGUCGAACGUACGAAGAGAUAGAAGUCUCAGCUGUGUUCGCACCGUCGAGUGUUCCGAUUAUAGUUCCAGGCACUCGACAACCAAACACCGCUGUGUGUGUUCGCAGCUAAAGAUGGCCACCGCCAUGUGUUCACACAUACGAACGAUGGCCACCCAGCUAACCACUUAGAACGUUGUGGUUAAACAUAAGUCAUGGAGGUUAAUGGGCUGCACACUCCUCUUCUGGGUGGUCUAACUGUUCGGUAACAGAACAGAAUAAGUACCAUCCCUUCGGUAAGCCCGAACCCUAACAGGGAAAAGGCACGAACCAAACCUUUCCACAGUCCUGAACCAAGGUCUAAUACAUGGGCCAUAGUCCUGGGGCAAGAGGCUGGCAAGCAGGCCCCUCCAAGAACCAGUGGUGAGGUUACUUUCGCCACAAUGAUAAAAUAUCCAUUUAUGUAGCCAGGUAGGGUAGUUGUGGUUUGUUGCAAGAUUUUAAACAGUGCUGGGAUUCAGACAUUACCAUUACCCAACUUAAUGGUACUCAUUUUAUCAGAAGGAUGAAAGGCUGACUUGACCUAGUUGAAAUCUGUUCUAAGACUCUAAAAAUCAGCAGCUGGCUCCCUUACCUUUCCAGCUACGACCUAGACAUGAAACACAUUUACUGGAGUGCUGACAAUAUUUCUUUGGUCUAAUUUACAUCCCAAGUGCAUCUGGAUUUAAAUGCAACAGAGUAACCCCACAACCUGUUUAUCAGAGACAUUGUGGCCCGGGAUGGGUAAAAUUAGAGUAGAUGAGGGUAAAAGAGUCCAAGUCUCUGAUGCCUACAUUUAAAAUUCCUGAAUUGAACAUAAAAAAGUGUUAGGAACAAGAAUGUGUGAAAAGUUUGAAUUUGAUACACUUGCGUGUUUUUUGUUGUUGUUUUUUUUAACAUAAAUUACUAUGUUGCUAUAUUUGUGGUAAAUGUCAUGGAAAAGGAAUUGCCAUUGUAAUCAACAUGGAGUGGUGUAUGAUCUGAGUUGAAACAUCUCUAAGCCCUCUGGCUCUUAAAAAAGGAGAAAAAAACCUCCCAUAUAUUAUUCCCUAUUUGUUGGUCUCAAGAACCAGACAGGUAGUGUCUUGCCCAGGAAUCAGAAAAACAGAGCCUCAUGCAACAUCUUCUCAAGCGAGGACUCAUCUCUUGGCAACAUUAUCUGCUUUUCCGUUUUUUUAGACUUUGAGCACUAUGUAUAGAUGUGGGCGUGUUUAAAGCUAUGAAUAAUUCCAAGUGCCAUUCAUUAGGCACAAAUCUCUGUCACUCACCUAUGAUAGGCUCCAUGUUGUCUUGCAAUUUUUCAUUAAAAAGGUUUCUCUCGUUACUGUUUGGCUGCUAUGAUGAUGAUAUUGGUAGGAGUGGGUAUAAGAGAGGAUAUAAACUGUGAGUGAUAAAAGAAAAGACUAAGUGGGAAACAAAAUAGUCACAAAUGUAUUUGCAAGAAACUGACAUAUUUGUCAAGCUUUACCCUAAAUAGAUAGGCACUAUAAUAAUUGUAUUUAAUGUAUUUUAAAAUCAACCUCUCGUUUUAUUAAACACACUAGCUUUAAUCAUUAAAAUUAGUUUGCAUAUAUUAAUGUAUUUUUAAUAUGUAUCUCUUAUCUCAUAAUUAUACACAUUAUAAUUAGUUUUCCUAAAGUAAAGCAUUAGUUCUAAUUGCUAAUGUGCAAAUAUUGCUCGAAGGAUAAUAUGGUACUCUAUUUUACGUAAAUAAUGUAAAGGGAUCAUUUUUAAUAGCUAAAUAUUUCUAAGCUCUUUAAUUCUUCAUUAAAUAAAGCUUAUUUACUAAUGUGUGAAUUGUCAGGAAUUCAAAAUUUAGUUCAGAUUGUAGGCCACAUUGAAGGCAUAACUCAUUUUGGUUUCGAUUUGGCUACGUCUCUUCUAAAUUGCAAUUUUUUCAACCCCUUUAAACACCUCUAAUAUUUGUAUUAGCUAAGUUAGUUUAAGUAGGCGAUGAUUACACAGCGGCUGUUAUUGGACGCUCCUAAAAAAAACAAACAAAAAAAAACAAACACAUUCCACAAUAUAUCCACGUCACCGGUAAAUGUAACAACAAAAAUAACUCUAAAUUUCUAUAUUUAAAAGUCUGGUUAAUUAAAAAUAUAAUCUUUGUGUUUGAUCCUCCUUUUUAGAAUAUUUCCCAGUAUUAUAGAGAGUUCCUGUUGAUUCAAUAACAAGGAAAUAGACUUUAUCUUGCCCUCAGUUAAACAUGUCUCUACAGAGGAAGGAAGAUGGAGAUUGGCACAGAAGAGUAUUCAUGAUGUGCUGUAAAUCUUUUAACAUCUUUCUAUUAUUACUUAGUGUUAGUUUACAAGCAAUUAAAUAUAAUGAACGUACAUGUGUUCUGCAUUACAAUGUUUAUAUAAAAAAAUAGGUACUUUUAUAUAAAUAGGUACAAUUAGUCACCCACCAAAGCACUGCUCACCUUUACAGGUGGCGUGGGGUCCCUUACCCUGCAUUUUCCUUAGAGAGGAAAUGCCAGUUCUCUGCAAUUUACUCAGUUGAAUAAAUCGCUAAUAAUGACCUAUAACUUGUGUUAACCUGUUUUCUUUAAAUUACAUCACAAUUCAGUUCAGACAAGGCAAAGCUACGGCAAACGUUGCAAAUGAAGAGGAAAAAUAAAAAAUAUUGUUUGACUUUUUCCUAUUCACGCAAUGAUUUCUCUAUGCUGAUUGCCAGGUGCAAUUUAGUGCCGAGCUUAUAACAAUAAUAAUACAGGCGUUUUUUUAGUCUUUUUUAAGGACAUUUACCAAGAUAAAAUUCUUUAAAGCAGCUCUGAAACAUAUACAAAAAAGUAGAAAUAUAUAAACAUAGCGUUUAGUGAGAGAUAUAGGCAGCUUUGUAAUCCAGGUGUAACGGAAGCUUCCCCACCUUUGACUGCCUUCUCUAUGGAACUUUCCUUCCCUUGUAAUUUAAUGCUAAACAGAUACUGUAUGGUUUGUGGAGGAGCUUGGAGGCCAGUCUCCUUCCUAGAGAUUCUGGACUCUCUAAAACUGAACUCAGCGGAUACUGUGGCUAACCAUCCAGGUAAUACCAGACCUCUGGAAUAUCAGUAAGCUCUAACUCUGCCAUUCAUCGAACUUGUAUCAUCCAGAAACUGGCAUUCUCUCAACUUCCAUAAUCUGUAUCAUGAGUCCAAGAGCAACAUUAGGCAACGCCUUGGAUUGGGAGGUAGGUCUUUGGCAUGCCGAGGUAUUUGUGAUAGACUCUGGAGUGUAAAGCUCCGUAUUGUUUUUCCAGACAUAUUGUAUUGCGAAUCCAAGAGUCCAGCCACUUAAUGCUCUCCUGGGGAGGCCCUAGGAUGUCUUUGCUGGCACUAAUCUCCUUUGGUUUGCUGCUUCAGCCAAAAAUAUCUCCAUACUGCCCUGUGUUACAGGUUGCUUCAGGUUCUGCUGUGUGUGUGAGGCAAAAUCCCAAAAUACCCCUUAUCAGGAGUACUGGUCCACCCAGCAUUUGUGGGUGUUAAGAGGUGACAUAGCAGAGUGCCAGCCUUUUUCUUCCAUCACUACCCUACUAGUAGUGACAAGGAUCUUCCAGAGAGAGAGAAAGGGCUUCAGCAGAAGUUCCACCAGUUCCUCCACAAAUAUCAGCCAGACUUGAUAAAGUGGGGGACAGUACUAUACAGACAUAUUGAGAUUUAAACAGGAUUCUUAUACAUAUAUUAUUGUUUAUACAGUGAACACAAGGCAACCAGUAAAGAUGCGAAAGCAGCCAAUCACACUGCGAGAUUUGAUUAAAUUACAAUCAGUAUCAUGUAUACAAGCAUGGUUGGGGACAGACAUGGACAACGACUGUGGACUGCAUGGGAGAAUUAAAAGAGUGUCAGGGCAGCCAGUUCUUACUAGUCUGAAAGCAAUGGGAAAACCACAAAGCAGGGUUAGGAAGGACGGGAACACACAAAAUGGAUAGUUUAUACAUUUAGCUUCAUUUCAGCCAUACAAUACAGAAAGUCACAACCAUUUCAAAUGGGAUCAUUAGCAACAGUAUCUGCUGAGUCCAGUUUCAGUAGUAACCGAGGGUCCAGAGUCUCUAGGAAGGAGGCUGGCCUCCAAGCUCUUCCACAAGCCAUAUAAUCUCUGUUCAAUCAGCACCAGAUUACAUGGAAGUGCAGUUCAUAGGGCAGCCAUUCAACGCUGGGGAAGCUUUAGCUCCACAAAGUAUUAACAAAGGUAAUUAUACUUGUAUUUAUUAACUUGUUACUUUUGCUUUAUACAUCUACAAUAUUGGCCAAUAGGUGGCUCUUCUGCAGUUUAUUAAUGAAUUAAUGAAUAAGCUUGCAUCUUGUUGUCUGCUGCUUUUAUACCUUAGGAAACUAUCACCGUGCAGGACACCAGAGCCUGGCAGCAGAGAGGGGCAAAUUGUUGUAGAAUGAUGAUGAAUCAGUGGAAUGUCUACUGAGCCUCCAUUCCACUGCUAUGCUUCCUUGUACUUCCCCAGGUUUUGAAGUGGUUCGUAAUAUGUAACAUUCUUUGGCAUGCUGGAGUUAGCAAAGUGAGGAAGACCUACAUGCUAAAUAUAAGCUGGUGCUUUUGUCAGUACCCUUUUAGUAAGUACAAGUAGGCAGAGUGGGCAUAUAUUUGCAUUUUGUAUUAACCAAAAUGGUUGGUAUGUUUUGUAACAAAACAUUUGAUCCUGAAUUAUCAUGUCUCACAACUGUUGCAAUGAAAAGUAGGAUGAUCUUUUUAUUUUCACUCUGUUUAUUUAUCUCAACCAUAACCUAUUCCUGUUAUUCUAGCUCUGAGAGACAGAAAUCAUCAUUAUAUUAUAAAUGGGAACUGGGCCAUUAACCAUCCUGGAGAGUACAGUGUGGUUGGGACCAAGUUCCAGUACCGGCGCUCUGUUGACAAUCAGGAAAGCUUUGAGGCGGCUGGGCCGACUAAAGAAGAUCUGCACAUUAUGGUUCGUAUUCCAGAUGGUGGCCACAGCUUAUUACCUUAUUCGUAAUGAAUAAAUUUUUGUUUCAUCCAAAUAUAUUCGGACAAUAAUAAAAAGUGUUUCGUCUGAACCGAAUUUUGUUCGUUUGUUCGUUCAUUUUCAGACAAAAUUCUGCCGUUGCAUUCCUUUCAGAGUUUUAUUUGACAAAUGAAAUUCCAAUCCAUUGCAGCCAUUUAGUAAUUAACCCCAUAAAUUGGUACCCUUGUGGGAUUGCCAUAUUUAAGGGUUUCAACUUAGGGGUCUGUUUAGGUCUUUUUGGAAUCCCUUUGGCAAUCCCACAAGGAUUGGAAAGCUAUCUACUAAGAAUCUGAAAGACCAAAAUAAAAUAAAUACUUACCGUAUAUACUCGUGUAUAAGUCGAUCUCAUGUACAAGUCGAGUGCAGUUUUGUGACCAACAAUUGUGAAAAAUGCUAUGCUUUGUGGAUAAGUCAAGGGUAAAACUUGGGGCUAUGAAAUUCUGUGAUUUUUAUAAUUAUAUACACACACACUCAUACAAACUCACACUCUGCAUUAUAUACAAUUUUUUUAAUUUUAAUUUUUAAAAAAAUGUUAUUUUAGUAUAAUUUUUUAAUUUUAUUAUUUAAUUUUUUUUUAGUCCCCCCUCCCUGCUUGUUAGCUGGCUAGGGAGGGGGGCUCUCAUUCCCUGGUGGUCCAGUGAAUGGGUUGUGUAGGAGGCAGCGAGCUGUAACUUACCUUUCCUGCAGCUCCUGUCAGCUCCCUCCUCCUGCGUUCCGGUUAGCUCCCCUGUCAGCUCCACUGUAAGUCUCGCUGUGUGACUGCUGCGCGGAUCAUUGUCACGGUAACCACGCAGCUCUCGCGAGUCUUACAGUGGAAGAGAAGGGAGCUGACCGGAACGCAGGAGAAGGGAGCUGACAGAAGCUGCAGGAAAGGUAAGGUAAGUUACAGCUCGCUGCCAGCCCCCAACAGGACCGUCGGGCUUGUAACGAGCCCGGCGGUCCUGGUCUGUAUUAUGGCAAUGUAAGUUGCCAUAAUACAGACAGUGACUCGAGUAUAAGUCGAGUGGGGGUUUUUCAGCACAAAAAAUGUGCUGAAAAACUCGACUUAUACUAGAGUAUAUACGGUUGUCUUUUCUCUGAAAAGGCAGUGUUUACAUUAAAAAGAGUGCAGGGACAGGCUAUAGACACCAGGACAACUACAUUAAGCUGUGUGGUUCUGAUGUUAAUAGUGUCCCUUUAACCAAGAGUCCAUAUAAACUUAAUAUAUUUUAUCACACCUGUUUUGUUAUUGUCAUUAUAGCUGUUAUUGUUUGUUUAUAUUUUGUUUUGUUUUAAUUCUGUUUCAGAUCCUAUUCACAGAGCAGAAUGCUGGCAUCGAGUAUGAAUACUGGCUUCCAAAAGAUUACUAUAUUCAGCAACAAAGAGACCGCAGCUCAUUGCACGAACACACAGAGGAAGCAGUGAUUCGGGCUCCUCCACUUACUACACAGCCAGCACCAACCACCAAAAACCACGGUAAGUGAAGGGAGGGGGAUCAUAAAUCCCUAAUUUAACAGCAUAGUAUUCUGAAUAGAGACAGUGUAAAGUGACUUGAAGGGACAUUACAAAUACUAAAUAAUUUAAAAGCACAUAGAACAAUACUAUGGAUUUAUUUACUAAACUCCAAAUUUAAAAAUCAAUGGCAAAAUGUAGUUAACAAAAGCUAAUUUGUAAACAUUUUUUGAACUCUGCUCAAAUCACAGAUUAGGCAUUUUUGCCAACAACUUUGCCAUUUAUUUUUUAAUUCACUACACUUAGGAGUUUAGUGAAUCAUUUCCUAUGGGUUUGUUUGACACUUUCAGCAUUAUUUACUAAAUUGAGAAUUCGAGGUGAAUUUAGAAUGGAUUUCAAAUUCCAGGUAUAAAUAGCUAAAAUUCCAAUUCGGCUAUUCUGAGUUUAAAUUUAAAAUUCACUUUGAAUUCUUACUUUAGUGUUUAUUAUCAGUGAGUGAACGUUCCAGAUUGUACACACCAUCUACUUCCCUACAAACAAACAAAAAAAGACUAUGUAAAAAAUAAAAAAAGGAAUAAAAAUAAUCAAUAAUAUAAUAUUACUAUAAAAAUAAUGUAAUAAAAAUUUUCAUUUUAAUGAACAACUGAGGGUGUACACCAGCGUAGAAUCAUGUUUUGAUUGAAUAACAAAAUGUAUUCUUAAAAUGUAUUUUUUUUCUUAGUUUAUUGUCUAAGAUUGAGUCCAACAAUAUGGACGAAACAUGUGCAAUGUGAGGUAUACUGAGAUGUAAAAAGAUACACUGGGAGCCUUCAAUCUUUCAAGCUAGUUUGGAAUAAAAAAUAACCUCUACUCAUAGCAAGUCUUGUAGAUUCAUUCCUGCUUAUUUCUUUUUAGCCUGGCUCGACUUUUUAAAGUUUUUAUUAAAGGGACACUACAGUAACCAGAACAACUACAGCUUAAUGUAGUUGUUCUGGGGAGUAUAUUCAUUGCUUGCAGGCAUUUUCAUGCAAACACUGCCUUUUCAGAGAAAAAAUAGCUAAACUCCAGAGAAAAGGCAGUGUUUACAUCCACACUUUGCAUGGGGAUGCUGAAUUUUCCUCCUCGAGACAUUGAUUCAACACAGUUUGGCCCUGCCCCCCUGCCGAUUUUAGCCAAUGCAAUGCAAUGCUUGGAUUGACUAAAAAUCAGCUAUUCUGAUGUCACAAAGGGGGCGGACCUAGCACCAGUGGACCUGCGCGGUGCUGGAAUUAAGAUGAGUUUUAAUUCCUUCUAAGAGGGAAAGGGGGUGGCAAGCCACCUAAAUGGUGGGUUUAGCACUAUAGGGUCAGGAAUACAUGGUUGUGUUUUUGACCCUAUAGUGUUCCUUUAAUCCUUAAUUUUUUUGAAGAACAUAAUAAUUAAAAUAAUGGGAAUGGGAAUGGGAGGAGGGAAGAGGUGCUCCUUAAAGGAUGGCCGUACUGCCUACAAAACUGUUGGUUUUUAUUAUGUCUAAAGAUGACUUAUCUCUAUAAAUGGAACUGUUUCACUUUUGAGGUCUUGUAAUUUAUAGCAAUCACAUGAAAUGGAAAUUAUUGAGCUGCUGCAAAAAACUUUACAGUGAUAUACAGAACAUUCUCUUUACUAGUUAAUGAAAAUCUACUAUAAGGGCCCUUCUAAAAGGACAUAAUUAUCUGCAUGUCAAGUGUGGUGACCUGAGCCCAAAGACACACUGAAUGUUUAGAAGCAAAGUGUGUACAAAGGGCUAAUUAGUCUGUGGGAUUAGUCAGCCUGUUUUGUGAGAACCCUCUUUAAUUUAUUGGCUACGUUCCAUUGACAAACUUUGCUUAUGUAAACACCUACUUUUUGAGAUUGGAAUGGAAGGAUUAAUUCAAUGGCAAGGGAGCUGUUCUUCCAAUGAUUGAUAGAUUGGCGUCUGUGGAUUGUUUAAAAUAUCACCCAUCUUUUUUAACUUUGUAUAUACCUCUGUGCAGUCUAUAUCCAGGCACAAAUAGCUAUAACAGAAAACAGAACUAACUCCAUAUCACCAUCACCCAGAAUUAAAGGUUAAAGAUCAAAAAUAUUUAUAUUUCUGUUUCCUGACAUGUCCUUAUGCUUUACAUCUUUUUAUCAUUGAGUGUCAGCCUGGCCAUGUUUGUUUUCAUUUGUCAUCCUGGUGGCUUAUUCACUAUAUAUUGAAUUGUAGGAAGAUACUAACCAAUUAGCAGAAUUAGGCCAAGAUAUCUUGAAAACUAAAAAGCUCUUAACUGAGAUUGGAAUUGUUCCUCAACUCCACAUGCAUUCCAAUUUGCUUCUGAAAACUGUUUUUGAAGAUUAUUCUAAAGUGUUCCCUCACCUAUCUCCCUGCAUAUUAGGUCAUAAAACAACUGUCAAGUUCUUAACAUUUUUAAAAUGGUUCAGCUGUUUUUAAAGCGCCUUUGUCACCUGAAAUAUAUUUUACAUAAAUCAGUUUAAAACAAUUUACCAACAGAUUAAGGUUUCCCGGAAUCAAGCUAUAACAUGUUUGACUGUAAUUUCUACUUGAAAACCUGACAGUUUUUCAGUGUAAAGGUGGUCAUCGUACAACUGCAUCACAAUUUAGCAAUUUUGUAAUGGAAAAACGUUGCACAGAACAUGUGGUCGACAGCCAAUUAGAAUCUGUGAUUUGUGCAGAUGAACGAGGUAGCUACCAGAAUUCCAUUGUACGUGACCGAAUAAAUGCUUCUUAGACAUACUAAAUUAUUACUGAAUGUAGAGUCCACUAAUGGGAUUUCCAGGUUAGCUAUAGAUUAAAUAUUCAGUUUUUAUCAAGAGCGAUCUGAGAAAUGGAUUGAAGUACACUGGCUAUAGGAAAUUAAAGAGCUAUAUGACAGAAAAUAUCUGAAGACAAAGCUGCUUUCAUGCUUUUUCUACCUGUAUUUGUUUUUAAAUAAUUAUCUGCAUGGAUCUAUUUAAUCUCUAUAAUUUAAUGUCGAAUUUAGAUCUGGGGACUAAAUUUCCUUCAUGUAACGAGUUCCUUGACUUCAAAUGGAUUGACAUUUCUUAGGAAACAUACCUUUGAAUACAUCAAAUUUUGUUUGUUUUGUUUCGUAUUUAGUUGAAAUAUAUAUGAAAGGUUACACUUAAAGAACAUUUGUUUAACUUAAAUGUGUUAGGCUCAGAAGGCUUAGAAGAUAGCUGGAAGCUUAACAGGUGACAAGUUUAGGAGUUUUUUAGGUGUCAAAAAAAUUAACAUGAUCUGAGGAGUUUUUAAAGACAGAAAAAAUGUAGAUUUACCUGACGUGCGCGCCCUUCGAGCUGUCCUCAUGGACAAUUUUACUUAGAAAUACGUUUUUUGAACAUGUUGGGUAAAUAUCAUAGAAUAGUAGAAAUUGCUUCAUUUAAAUGUUUUGGCUGUUUCUUGACAGCACGAAGACCAACAACUCCAGCAAAGAGACCUCACUACCACCCACGCCUCGAGAGGGACAACCCCGAGUGGAACCAGGUUAAAGAAUCCAAAGCAGACAGUAAGUUAGUAUUUCUUUUUUGUUUUUGGUAAAUCUUUAUUUGUGUGUGCAAGGAGACAUUGUAGGUUUCAACAUGGUAAGUUAGUAUUUUAAUAGAGGAAAACUGGUCAGCUACUGCCCAUCAUAUCCACAUUUGUUUUCUAAUUUAUUUAAUUAUUUUUAAAGGACAACACCUACCAAUGCAUAUCUCCCAACAUUUCAAUUGGAUAAAGAUGGACACUUUAAAUUUAGGGAUGUGAGUGUGGGUCUGGCCAGGGGCCGUGCUAUUCUGAUAAAUUUUAGGUGGCUUAAAGGACCACUCUAGGCACCCAGACCACUUCAGCUUAAUGAAGUGGUCUGGGUGCCAGGUCCUUCUAGGGUUAACCCAUUUUUUUUAUAAACAUAGCAGUUUCAGAGAAACUGCUAUGUUUAUCAAUGGGUUAAGCCUUCCUCCAAAUCCUCUAGUGGCUGUCUCAUUGACAGCCGCUAGAGGCGCUUGCGUGCUUCUCACUGUGAAAAUCACAGUGAGAGCACGCAAGCGUCCAUAGGAAAGCAUGCUUUCCUAUGCGACCGGCUGAAUGCGUGCGCAGCUCUUGCCGCGCGUGCGCAUUCAGCCAACGGGGUGGAUCGGAGGAGGAGAGGAGGCAGAGAACUCCCCGCCCAGUGCUGGAAAAAGGUAAGUUUUUACCCCUUUCCCUCUUCCAGAGCCGGCGGGAGGGGGACCCUGAGUAUGUUUUCCUGGCACUAUAGUGGUCCUUUAACAAUUUUUGCAACUAAAAUGUAAUUUAGAACAAGAACAAUGUAUAUAUUUAGCACAGACUUAUUUCUAAACACAUUUAUUGUAGUUUGAAGAUACAUUACUGUUAGUAUUAUUGCUGUGGAGCUCUAUGACACACUCACACACCAUCAAUAUGGAGCUCAUAGAAAAGAGGGUGCUAAUACAGAAAAGAGGACAGGGGAAUUUGGACCUAAAAUAGGGACUGUCCCUUCUAAACAGGGAAACAUGGGAAGUAUGUAAUCGUACAAUAUCCCUUGGCAGCAUUAUGUAAUGGUUUAUCUUUCCUUCUUCUUGGUUUCAUACAAAUCUGAUAAUCUAGUGCUAAUUUCUUCAUUCACAGUGUGAUAACAUUUUUACCCCCCAUGUUUUUCUCUUUAAAAGCAGAUGAUUUAAAUAUAGUAAAAUUAAUCUCACAUCAGAAACCUAAAAAGAUAAUAAAACUGUAGUCUGCAAAUCUUUUUCCCAUAAAGUUUGCAAACAUGGAUUCCUUACCUGGCUGUGCCCUACUGUUAAGUGGUGCUAGAGUAUCCCACAAUUCUUUGCAAAGGCAUGUGGGAUUCUGUGAGUGUCCUUUAGGGGAGAAACAGCUGCGUGUGCAGUCACCCCAUAUAAUCCUGCCGCCAAUGUUGUCGGAGGAGUGGGAGUUUUGGAAAAUAGAUUUCAUAUGUGUAGUUUAAAAUCUAUACCUAGCUAAAUAUUGUCUAGAUUGUAAACUCAUUAGAACAUGGUCCUCAUUUACAUCUUGUUCCUGUUAAAAUUCGUAAUAGGUUGUCUCAGUUGCUGUUAAAUUCCCUCUUUAUAAUAUUGUAAAGUGCUGCAGAAUAAGUUGUUAUAUAAAAUCCAAUCAAACUAAUAAGGUCAGCAUAACUGCAUAACUGAGUAUCUCCAUGUGCAGCCAUCUUUGUAAUGUUUCCUUUUGCAGAGUUACUUGGUACAGCAAUAGGUGUACACUAGGUACAAUAACUUAAUAGCCAAAUAUUGGCUUGCAUUUUUGGUAGAUCAAUAUAUAGAUAAAAUGUAGACUCCAAAUCAAAGUCUACUUAAGACCCUCCAUGUUAAAAGCUGCCUUUCCAUUAGUAACUGACACAGGGCCUGAAUUUGCUUUGAAAAUGAUUUUAGGAGUGUACAAAGCAGUGUGUUACAGGAUGUACAUAGGCAUUACCAUGUUCUCAUUGUGUCACUAAGCUUAGAAUACCAUGUCUAGUUCUCUCCAACAGGAUACAAGUACAGUGUACUAAAUUACAUUUAAAAAAUGUGUUAUUGACUCUCGACUUACCCCAGGAGCUAUUAGUUUUGUGUCAGUCCACUGAAUGUCUACAAAGAAAAUCAUGGUCCUGUUGUCUAGUGGUUGGAACUUGGAAUAAUAGACUGUUUGGACUAUUCUCUCACCUCUCUCUCUCUCUUUCUGAUAGAGGACAUUCCGCUGGGAUCGCUAGUCUAUGACAGAACUACUGUGUCAUUGAUAAAGCAGCAAAUUGCUCACUACCAUGACUGUAACCAUGGCCCAAUUGUUUCUGCCACUGCGCAAGCCUUGCUUAAAUCUACUGCUUUAUCAAACAAGGAUGGAAUAUUCUCUACACUGAGUAAUACUCCUUGAUACUAAAAAUGGUUUACUAUCUGCACACUUUUAGUUCUGUACAAUAAAAUAAAAAACAUGAUUAGAAUCGAAGUGUUAAUGGAUUAGUAUUCUAUUAACCUCUUGAGUUCCAUUAGUGUGUUUGUUGCUUUAAUAAUGUACAGUUGUAUAGAGGUAGCUUAAAGCACUUGAAUCUGAGCCCGCAUGCAAUCUCAAAUUCCUCUGUUCCUAUUUCAGCCAAGCAGAUCAAUGAAUAUGUGCUUCCAGUCUUGCUGGGAGCACAGGCUGUGGAUCUGUUGGUUUGUGCAUUGAUUAUGCGGGCAUUCUGUUUUGAACCUUUCUCCUCAGGUGAACUCCAAAUCCUCAGUGUGUAGGUUGGGCUUUUAGAACACCCUCAGCUCGUGCCUUUACCCUGUCAUAGCAAGAACAUCCGAUGCUGCAAUAGCAGUUAGCACUGACAAUCUGAUCAUAGCUGUGCUGUACAGAAAAUAUAGUUACACGUGUGUUAUGCUCUGUGUAGACAGAUUAUUCCGACAUUUUAAUUCACUGAGACUGUGAUUAAUUAAACUUGCUCUAUCAGUCUCCAAAUAAUAGAAUGUCAUCCAGUAUUUUGUAAUUAGGGAUAUAAAUUCAUUAAGUGGGGAACCUGACCUCAAAUGACCUUCACUCCACACAAGUUCACACCUUUUUAUAAAAGUGGGGGCACCAUCUCUAGCGAUCCCAGCGUCCUCCUUCAAGGAGGGAGCAGGAAAGCUGUGAGUAGACAGCUCCUUCCACUAGACCACAGGAGGACCAUUUAUACCCACUAAUGAGUCUUCGUGUAAGACUAUGGACUGACUAAAGGACUAUGUCCUCAAUUUAAUAUUUUUGCAUAAGCUUUUCAGAUUCUAAUAUUUAGAUUUUUUUUAUAUAUGUUUAUUAAAAUUAUUAUCUAAUUUAUAUAAUUUUUUUAUAUUUUAAUAUUCUAAAAACUAUUUGAAAAGUUUUAUCCAAAAAAUAUUAAAUAAUUUUAAAAAGGCUAUCCAAAAAUAUUAAAUCGAGGCCUAUAUUUGAGAGGUAGGGGCGCAGUGUUAAACAACUUUUAUUUCAUUUAUGUGCUAUUUUACAGAAUUACCUUCUUCACGUCUUGUUCUAGUUUACAUUAAUUUGUUUGUCAUGUAUUUUCUGUUUUACAUCCUCAUUGUAAAGCACUAUAGAACAUGUUUGAUACAUUUUGAUAAUAAUAAUAAUAGCCAACCCAGAGGAUACAACAUCAAAACUCAUGGAGUAAAAUAAAUGGUAAAUAAUGUACCAUUCAUGUAUAUCAUAAUAUGACAUGAAUGGGUAAAACAUAGAAAUUUUAUGUUUUAGUUGACAUAUUAACAGCUGACAGAAAAUACUAUAUGUUGUAUAUAUGUGGCUGGGUUUAUUCACUAAAUUCCAGAAUGUAUCAUAUUGAAAUAGAAAUUGCUACAUUUAGGCUUAAAUGUCUGAUCUGGAAAAUGUCUCCACCUCCUAUAUUAUCAUAUCUUGUCUAGUGAAAGUUCUGCUGUUUGGAAUUGUAUUUCCUCAGUUUGAAGAUUAGGGUAUAAAGACUUUAAUAUUCCCAUACAUACACUUUUAUUACGCAGAAUCUGCUCUUGCACCUAUUAUUUCAUAGUCCUGUCUGAUUUAGUAUUGCACUUCAUUUUUCCUUCAUACUUUCUGCUUGGCUGACUGAGAAAGCUACCUUUGAUCUGUUAACAGGAUAUCAUUUCAGGAGUGGCAAAGCGAAGAUGCAGAAAAUUAUCUGGAAAAAAAAUGUCAGGAUGUCAGUUAUUUGGCAAAAACACCCUGGCAUAGAGCCAAUUGCAAAUUUCCAAGACAUGGUUGUAUGGUGUCCUCGUAGCAGUGUGGAAAGGAAUUGGGUGUGUUAGAUCAUUGGCUCUGGCUGUUUGUUCAUACGAUACUGUAUCGGACUGACAUAGGUCCUGAACAUGUGAAAAUGUAAGAAUUCUAUCAGUGUUACUUACUGGAGCUACAUGAAGGCUGACUAUAAAAAGCCUUUAUUUUUACAAGAUUUUAUCUCUUUGUAUCUUUCUUGUUUAUCGCUCCGGAAGAAUGUAUGUAGACGUUUAUUCACGAGAAGUGGUAUCAAGUGGCGCUUCCACUUUUAUUGUA